ACUCGGGCUGUCCCGUAAACUCAUCAAACCAACCCCUGCGGUUCCUCCUGCAUGACGCACGGAGCCCAGCGAGCCAGUCCGCUCGGCUCAGCUCAGCUCGGAACCGUCCAGAGCAACAUGCAGGAUGGCGAGUGUGGAGACAGCCGCCGAACACGAGCGUAUCCUGCGGGAGAUCGAGAGCACGGACACCAACUGUAUCGGCCCGACGCUCCGGUGAGUGUACCCGGCCCCUCUUCUCGUAGCUCUACCCGUGAAAACAGCUGAACUCUCGGCGUCACCCAGCGGAGGGAGCCGCGACUAGCUCCAAGUUAGCAACUCCUCCGGGAGGUUGCCCAAAACUUUAACGGUCGUGGGUCCAUUAUCGGACAGCUAGCCGGCUAACUAUGGAAAAACAAAGUGCUCACCGUUAAAAGCGGUGGUAUCUAUGCUGUUACGGUGAAUAAGUACGGUCAGGGAUAGCUCUAUUGUCUGACUCUUUAAUUUCGUUCUUCACUUUGUCAACUUCUCUACUGGGAUUUUAGCAACUGAGGCUAACGGCUAAGUUCGCUAAUGGUGCAUUCAGGUGCUCCGAGGAUGCUCGGAGUUUCCAAAUUGGGACGUUUCUGAUUAGUUAAACAAAUCAACGACGUCAUGCAAACACAAUACUAACACAAAUAAGAGGAAAAAUCUCUUUUUAUGAUUUGUAGGCGUUAAUAUUAUACUUUUAAAAACAACAAAAUUUUAAAUAUACCGACCUUAAUGAAAUUACAACAAGCUAACGCGCUAAAAAGCUAAGCUACGGCUCUCUGAUUAUGUAAAAACACGUUUGAUUACUAACAAAUGAUAUUUUAGUGAGCACCUUUAAUCACUGUCUAUCUUUUAGAGCUGUUUUUUCCUCUUUACAUUAAUGUUCCCUGUUGGAAACUCAAAUUUCCGAUUAUACACAUUGUCCGUGAACGCAGGCUAACUGAUUGUCAUUCUGCUCACUGGUGUUGGAGCUCACACUGGGACUCAGAGGUUGUUUCUGCUCGCUUUUAGAGCUGUCUCUGUCUGCCAGGUUGUUGUUUUGAGUAGAAAUGAAGCUUCCUAAUUUAUCUGAGGGACUUUUUGAGGCUGAUUAUCGACAGUUAGCCUGCUAGGUGUUAGCAACAGCUGAGAUAUGUAUCAAGGAGUGUCAAGUGCAGCAGCAGCAGCUCUGUGUACACAAUGAAUGAACCUCCAGCCCUCCAGUGUGAUUACACCACACAGAAACCACUCUGCUUCUUGUUUUUAUGACCCUGAAUGCUCAUGAAUGUUGACACUGUUGCUUAAUUGCACUUUUAGUGGAAACGGAGUGACUUUUCUGCUCUGUUUUUGGUGUUUGUGUCAGGUUGCAUGAUCCCAUUCGUAAAGCAUUUCCUCCGCUGUUUUUGAGGCCUGAACUGAGUCACCGACGCUCCUGUCUGCCCAGAUUUCAUGUUUGGAAGAGAGAAGAGCUUCAUGUUGGGUCAAUUUGGCAUGUCAUUUGGAAACCAAGGUCCCAGAGUCUGGAGGAAGAUCAGAGAGGUUUUUGGCUCCUGCCCUCGGCGCCAAAACCACCAGAAAGGACUUUGCCGACUAUGAUAUCACUGUACUCACAGGGCUUGAUACUAACUUUUUUCAUAAGGAGCACAUGUGCUUAGGGCUGUCCCGAUACUAUUUGUUCACUUCCAAUACGAUACUGAUAUUGCAGCCUUAAAUAUCGGCCGAUUCCGAUAUCAGCAUGCCAUGAGUGGUAUACUUUCAUUACUCAUUUUGUAGUGUGCAUCAAGUGAUAUUACUCAAACAGAGAACAAUAGUCUGCAACAGUAGUUUGGGAAAACUGACCCAUUUAUUAUUAACAAAACAAAUAGAAGAAUAAAUAAAGAUAAAUUGAGAGGCCUUGAAUAGUAGAUAGUAGAAUGUAAACAAAAUAAACAUAUCACUCUAGUAACAAGAGCAGAAAACAGUCAGUCAACUAGACUCCUGACUACCCUUACUACUCCUCCAUCUUCACUCUCUGCAGUACAAGCAUGAUGUGGAUUUUGCCGUCCCGUGGGAGUUUUUCACGCUUUGCGAAUGUUUCGGCUAGCGCUGGUUGUUUGAGGAAGUUAGAGGCAAGAUCUUUUGAAGAUCCUCAUGCUGUUGUUCGUGGUGUUUUUUCAAAUGCGCGAUGAGGUUGGUUGUAUUUAACUUCCCCUGUUCUGUGCCACCACGGGAAACUUGUGCAUGGGAAAGUUCGCACUCAGCUGCAACGUCUUUGUCUGACUUUAGUGGAAAAGUGCUGCCACACAGCCGACAUCACGUCUUCUCGGCACAUACGCUGUUGUUGUUGUGAUUACGUGAGUUCUACUGGAGCCGGGCACGCUUCUUCUUUGGCAGGCAGUACCAGCUUUGGUUCCUUAACGCCACAGACAUUUUAGAUGGAGUCCGAUAGAAUGCGAUGUCGGUUCUGGACAGCCCUACAUGUACAGCCUUUUUUGAGAACAUCAACCUUAUUGGUCCCUUAUUCAACGCCCGACGUUGACAGUGAAGGUGGCGAGUAGAUUUAACCGCGCUGCUGUUGUUAUUCCCAGUUAUGGAGAGUGAGAAGACACCGGUAGAUCCUCAGAGAAUGUCCGUCAGAUAUCCAACCUAAAACUAACAGUGUGAAACGGUCGCACUGUCGAGCCCUGACUUAAUUGACCAGCCGAUUCACCUGACCUGAACCCCAAAGAGGAUCUCCUGGACUUAAUGACACCCCAGGAGAGACACAGACUGACCACAAAUUAGCGUAAUUUUCCAGAAGGUGGAUGUUUGUGUGUUUAUGGAUAUUCAGGGCUCUAAAGAUCACAGCAUUAAUUAAACACCAAUACUUCCUGACAUUCCUUGACGUCUUACCCAGUUUCUCGUUACAGAAAUAGACACAGACUCUAAAUCUGUCCUUCCUUUCUGAAGAAUGAGUCGGUUUUAGAGCCGAUUGUCUGCAGAGGAAACCUGAAUUUACAGAAACGCAGCAGAGGAACUGGUGCUGCUGGAAGUUUUCCCCUCGUACUCGUCAUUCAGGCCCGUCACUGUGCCGACUAUCAAACCCAGUGUGUGAGGUUGUGUGUUUGUGUGUGUGAACAGGUCCUCUUCAGAUCAGUAUGACUUGGCAGCUCUGUGUGACACCUCUGGGCGCCACAUUCUCCUCUCUGUUCAUCAGUGAAAUACAGCGUCUAUGUUUGGAUCAGUGAGCUUCAUCAGGGUCUAUUUUUAGCUCGGAGAGCUUUAAGCGUAUCAGAUGAUGGAGGAUGUCACUUUUAAAACUAUUUUAGGUUGUGUAAGCACAGUUGUAGCCGAAGCCCUCUGCUUAACUAACACACACUUACACACACUCACUCCUGAUCCAGUGCUGAGUGACUCUCCUCUCCACCUGUGACCGGUCCAGCCCUGGCUUUGCCUCCCUUUUCCAGUCUGGAAGGGAGGGUGAGCUUCAUUCACCACAUAAGUGGCAGAAAACAUCUCAACUGUGUGUGUGUGUGUGUGUGUGUGUGAGUGUGUGUGUUGCUCUCGCAGCAGUGUGUGCAGGUUGAGGCGGGCAGCAGCAUUCCUCUCUGACAGCGGAAUAACUCAGCGAGGAUCAGACGGGAGCAGAACUCAUCAGUCAGCUCGAUCCUCCACCUUCAAAAAACACUCUUGCUAAGAGACGGAGAGUCUGUUCGCUUUAAAGCUGCACUUCAUACCAGGAAUUAGGCAGAAUUAGCCUCUCGAUAAAAUAAGGUUUUAGUCUAAUCAACACCAGUGUUUGUUGUUUUAAAGCGAACUGCAUUCACUCACUCUGUCGUCACCGUCUACUUUGACAGCUAUCGUGAAAGUGGAGAGAGGAGUGUGUCUGAAAAGCCAAGGGACAGAAACAGCUCGUCCUCACCCUUUAGUAAACUCACAUCUCUCUGUUACUGCCGCACACUCAGGCCUCCUCUACUCCACUGUCGGCUCAUGUUGAUAUCAAAUUGGAGUUGCAUCAUCAGAAGAGGACGGUGUGUGUUUUCUUGUUGCUCCCUGAGCUCCAUCGCUCUCUCUCUCACUCUUCUUCUGACUGUGCCGCUGCAGAAAUAGCUGAUCGUGAGUGCAGUUGUAAGUAAAGAGGAUCCUUUAAGACCGUCUUCAGAGUCCCCCUUCUCUCUGUACAUGUGUGUGUUUUAUUCCGGGCCCCACCCUGUGUUUAACUGAGUUAUUUCCUGGAUUCGUCCAUCAAUGACAGGGACUCGUACGAAUCUACUCAUUAUGUGGGUUUCUGCUGUUGAAUACACGUCUUUUUCAUCGUUUGUUUACUUGUAUUAGUCCAGCACAGCAGGGAAAAGCUGCCUUUAGUCAGUGCGUUAACAUUCACAACUUAAUCAUAAUUUGUUUUUUUGCGCCGAAUCGGUCUUCUCUUCUUGUCCGCGUAAACUUGCAGCCGAGAAAAUCGAAUUAUUGACGUGAACGUGUCCUCCUCCCCAAAACCAGGGGGCGAUAUGGGUCUUUCAGCGUAUACAUACAACCGUCAACAACAACAGCAGGUCGGUGUCAGACGUCAGAAGUGUCUACAACUGCUGCUGGACAUUUUGGAGAAACGAAGAUGGAGCAUCGUACAGCGUUGUUUUUGUCCUACAUGAUGGACGCACUACUUUUCCUGCAAAUGAGACGAACGCUACUCUUCUUCUCUGGUGUUUUUAUUCUGGGGUUACAGAGGCUUGGCUCAUGCGCACAUGCAUUUUCCGAUCAUACGCUGAAAAUCGAAUUCCAAUCGCAUUAUCUGGGUGUCUUAAUCAGAGUUUUCAGACUCCGAUUAUAGUCAGACUAAGGUGUUUACAUGCACUUCAGUUGUCUGGUCUUAAUCGGAAUAAGGCAAUAAUUCGGUUUUCUCGAGUGUCAUGUAAACGUACGAGUGUUCGGACGUCAUGUGACCUCUUACCCGAUCGAGGAUUUCAGCCGAUCAACAGCUCUGGGUCCCUGGAGUGGAUCUGCAGACUUUGGUUAGACUCUUAGAAACCACAUGGAAGAAGGACUGGUGAGGAAAAAGAGGGAGUAGCCUACCACUAGUUUAUUACAGGCCAUACACACACACACACACACACACACACACACACACCCUGCUGACUCAUCUGUCAGACACACACACUUUUAUACACAAAGGGUUAGCUUCAUUUGAAUUUGCUAAGAUCCUCUUCAGCCAGCUGCAACUCCUCCCAAAGGCAGCAUUCACACACACUCACACACACACACACACACACACACACACACACACACACACACCCCCACACACACUGACAGGCAGCUGUGUACCAUGAUGUCAGAGCUCUGCAGUUUUCUUGAACUCAGUUUAGUUUUUCCAGAGUUGCACAAGCAGACAUGUUUUCUCCUUCUUAUAAGAGCUGCAGGAAUCAAGAGAGGUAACGAGCGUUAACGAGAGCUAACACCUGCCAGGCUAAUCAGAGACACCAUGAUGAGAUAUUACCAUGAGUUGUGACAUUUUACAGAUGCGGCCUGUGAUGAAAUGUAAGAGUUUGAAGAGUUCAAAUUUCACCUCGACACCCAAGUGUAAAUCCUUAAAAUUGAACAUGCCGAGCUCUCAGAGUCUGUGGGUUUAUCCAGCUGUGGUUGAACCUCCUGCAGAUCAACAUGCUGCUGUAGUCUCUGAGUGGGAGUGUGUGAGAGUCUGCACACACACACACAUAGAAACACACAUACACUCAUACACAAAGUCAGGAAACUCACUAUUGUUCAGAGUUCACAGGAGAGUGGACUUGUGCUUCUAAAUUAGAGUUAAUGAUGUAAAAGUCACAAACAAGCCUCUGCUGCAUCAGUCCACACAGUGAUCACGGUGUGUGUGUGUGUGUGUGUGUGUGUGUGUGUGUGUGUGUGUGUGUGUGUGUGUGUGUGUGUGUGUGUGUGUGUGUGUGUGUGUGUGUGUCCUAACCGAGCACUUCCUGUCAACAGGAGGAAGGGUGGAGGAUUCAGGACACGCACAGGUAUUUGUGUGUCAACAUCACACACAGGAACUCAGGACUUGUAGGCCGGUCUGCACUGUUGGGGAUCUUGAGUGGCUGCCCGGCUCAUCCAGCACCUGACCCAGUUGGGAUACAAGAUCCCAGGACUGUUACUAAGGUGUAGGAAGAUUUGUCGAUCAAUCAAUCUUUCCAGUAAGACCCCGGGUUUAAGAGGUCCAAAUAAGUUUCCUCUAAAGGGCGUCUGAGUCCUGGACUCCGUGAGGGAUCUUGGAAUACUGUAAGGUGUCCGUUGAGGGGGUUUAAGCUUUUGUUAAGGAUGCCUCUCUUUGGAGGUGGUCCAGGUGUGUCCAGCAGAGGGGAAACCCUUGAGGGAUAAUAUACAUUUCCUAUCUGGGUUGGGAUCUGGUCUGGUUUUGGGAUCCCAAGGUGGAGCUGGAAAGCACUGCAGAGGAUUGGGGGGUCUGGAUUGAGUUGCUGCCCAGGUGACCCGAUCCUGGAUAAGUGGAUUGAUGGACUGAAAAAUGGGCUUCAAUGUUACUCAGAGAAACUGAUUAGAGUGAUGGAAGUGAGGAGCAGGAUGCAACUGAUCUGCACUGCAAUGGUGCCCCCUCAUGGACGCUUCAUGUCAGUGCACUUCUUUACAAAUCUGCUCCAAACAGGAAACAGAUCAACUAAAAGGGAAAAAAUGUCGGACUCAUCAUGAAUAAUUUCCGAUCAUUUCACUCACCUCCUCGUCUCUUUCUGCAGGUCCGUGUACGACGGUCAGGAACAUGGCCUCUUCAUGGAGAAGCUGGACGCUCGGAUCAGGAAUCACGACCGGGAGAUCGAGAAGAUGUGUAACCAUCACUUCCAGGGCUUCGUGGACUCCAUCACAGAGCUGCUCAAAGUGCGCGGGGAGGCGCAGAAACUCAAGGUCAGUACAGGACGGUGGAGACCACUGAAAGAACCGAGAACAUGUUCUCAGCUGAAGGUGAACCUUGAUUCUUUCUCUCCUCAGAGUCAGGUCACGGAGACAAACAGGCGUCUUCAGGAUGAUGGGAAAGACGUAAGUUCACUUCUAUUGAGUUUGAUCGAUCAGGGCUUACUUUGAAAUCUGUCUUCACCUCCUUCUCUUUCUCCUCUUCAGCUCAUCAGCUCCAUGGAGGACCUGAAACAGUGUCGAGUCCAGCAGAGGAACAUCGCCACCACCAUCGACAAACUGACCCACUGUCUACCAGGUAACACAAACAUAAAAAAACCACACCUCUCCACAGACGUGUUUGUGACUCUCUUUUGGAAUCAUGAUCCAUCUCUUCUGUUCCCCUCAGUCCUGGAGAUGUACAGCAGACUACAGGAGCAGAUGAGGGCCAAAAGGUACGUCAGGUCACACCUCGCUCUCUCUUACAUUUCAACUUUUCAAACUUUAUAUUUAUAGGUUUAACUCAUUCAGUGCCAAUGAGUGAUUUGGACGGAUUUUUCAGGUUUUUUGUUUUCUGCCAGAGGGCACUCCUCCCUAACAUGCGACUAAGUUUGAGGUCGUUCUGAACGCAGAAAAGCCGACAAGUACGUCAUAACCAUGUGACAAUAACAAAAACAAGUACUGGCCAGUGAGAAGUGGGCCAAUUAGCCUAGUUGUGGAGAGUUUUUGAGGAGAGUAGGAAAAUGCCGAAGUCAUUAGACAAGAGCUAACGUCUCGGUGCAUCGGCUCCCGUGGGUGCGAUGCUACCAUCUCUGGAUCCAGCGGAGAUCCCGAUACCGGACCUUCACAUUGUUAGCCGACAAUUAAAGAAGCAAUUUUCCGGCAUGUCGUGGUGCCGCUAGUGCCGGUACUGGUGAGCGAGACUGAGCCGGAAUUCAGCAAGGAGGACGCAAGCAUUCCGUGUGGUUUACGUUGUGGUGUCAGGUUCUCAAGAGCCAAUACGAUUCCGAGCCAUCACAAAGGGACUUGUCACAAUCUGAUCUCGAGGGUGAUGAGGAGUGAUGUCCGAGGAGGGAGGACCUUGAUGCCAACGGUGAAAUAGUUUGAAGUGAAAUGAAAUAGACGAUCAGAGUUUGGCUUGAAAGUCUCUCCUCCGUAAAAAUGUGUUUUCCAGAUCGACAAAGAUGAUAUGAUCACACUGCAUUGAGAAAGUUGCAUCAAUGAACCUGGCACUGAAUGAGUUAAUUAGCGAAAGUGAGACGAGUUUUAGCCUGUGAAAUGAAGAAGAAACUCCUGAAAAUAAGAAUUUAACAGGAGGUGCAAAUGAUGCCCUGUUGUUGUUCUCACCAUCAGCCAGUAGAUGGAGCCAGAGUGUCAUGAACGGCCUCUCAGGUUCCCUCUUUUCCUCUCCCUGCCCUCGGCCUGACCUGCAGACAGGAGUCUGGUUGGUCGUAAAUUUGUCGUUUGUUUGUGUGUUUUUCUACUUCUCUGUGUCCUUCGGCUGCCGAGCUCCCGGAGAGCAGCGAGAGGUCAGCCAACAGCCCCCUGCUCCUGGAGAGAAAACCUGAGUGUGUGUGAGUUUGUUUGGAAAGAGAGAAAGGCAGUGGAGUGAAGUGAUUUGGGGAUAUUGUGUUGCCAAAGAUCCCUGAGGUGUAUCUGAGUGUAUUUAUCUCUGCCUGUGUUUAACUGUGUGUGUUUCUGUGUGUUCUUAGUCGUGCAUCUGUCAGCUCAGACGGAGUUGACUGCAGUGUGUGUGUCGUCUCUGCAGGACAGAAACUCAAACACAUAAAAACCUGCAGAGACUGACUUUAGAUCAGACUGAUGUGGAAGUUAUCGGUGAAGAGAUGUUCAUGUGUUCGUCAGGUACUACCCGGCUCUGAGGACGCUGGAGCAGCUGGAGCAGACAUGUCUUCCCCGGGCCGGUCAGUACCGGUUUUGCUCCAUCAUGGCCGAGAACAUCCCCAAACUGAGGACGCAGAUCCGGGACACGGCCAUGACCCAGCUGAGAGACUUCCUGGAGAGCAUCCGGAAACACUCGGACAAGAUCGGAGAGACGGCCAUCAAGCAGGUGCACAAAAACACAGAGACGCACUCGCAAUUAUUCCACAUUAAACUGAUCAAUUAAAAUAUGUACAGCUUAACGAAUCAGACGAAACGACCAUAUUCACUUUAAACAUGAAAGGUGGGGUAGUCAGGAUCUGAGGAAGUGCCAGUUUUUUGGAGAAAUCUUGAAUGUAAACUCUACCCUUCUCAACCAGUUUUCCCCUCAAGCCCCGCCCACAAACAGACGCUCCUGCUCGCUCGUAUCGUUCCAGUUAAAUUCAGAUAUAAUGCAGAUAAAUACUUCAGAUCAUUACAAAUGGGGCCCAGUCAAGGUGAAGGUCAAAAGCAUUGGUGCUACUGUAGAUGUCAACAGACUACCAGCAAACACAAUGUCUGCAGGACUUCUACAACUAGGAUAAAGUGACAUAGUCCAGGACCCGAGGUCAACAGUUUAGCGAUGGCGCUACAACACGCUACAGCAGGUCCGUUUGACAAGAAACACUUCUGUUACAGACACUUGUCUUACUUUGUUAAAGCGGUUUACCUGUCCAGCAGAAAGGUUACAGGGUCACCAAGAUCCCCAAGCGUCCCCCAUCGUUUAUGUUGACCCGGCUUUUUAACUCUUGUCCGGUCUACCUCCGUUUUAAGCGCCCGUUAUUCCUCCAGAGUCUCCGGUAUUUACUUUGUUUUCUUGCUUGUUUCGGCAGUCGUGGCCAAAGGAGGAUUCAGACAAUUUUCCGAACUUUCUGGUUGGUUUCUACUGUCCACAAAAAAGAUGCUUCUUUAACGGAAUCCUGCCUACCCCACCUUUUUAAAGGGACAUCCCAAUGUAUACUUUCUAUUACCAGAUGUUGAAAUUUAAUGAUUAAUGUAGCUGCAGCCAAGUCAACUUUUAACCUACGCAACUGAAAAAACUCCAUGACGAAUUCAGAAUAGAAGCACUAAUUAAAAACCAGAAUGUCUCAUCACAGAAAGAAGAAAUCAGGCUUUUAUUUUGAAAUUCACCCAGUAGUAAUUACGACCUAAACAUGUCCGACACUGAGCAUUUUGUAUUGUCGUUAGUUUUCUCUGUUGUUUAGAGUUUAUGUUCUUCUUCUACAUAAAUGCAGGAAAGUGUGUACCUGUGCAUGCUGUUAAAAGUGCAUAAAGUGUGUGUGUGUUUAUGUGUGUGUUUAUGUGUGUUCACUGAUAACAUCUGAACACUGUUACUGGUUCGACUAUCAGGCCUCGCUCCACAAUCCUGUAUUGUUCUCUAUCAUCUCUUUUCUCUCAAGUCUGUUAAUCAGAAGCAGCCAGUGUGUGUGUGUGUGUGUGUAUGUGUGUGUGUGUGUGUGUGUGUGUGUGUGUGUGUGUGUUCGGGAUUCUUGCUCUGUGGUUCGGCUGCCAGUAAACGAGCAUGAAGGCGCUGUAGGAGACGCCACGGCCUGUCAAUGAACACACACAGACACACACACACAAACACACACACACAGACGAGUCUUUUCAGCACUUACCUAAUUGUUUUUCUGUUUUCCAAGGUCGAGGAAGUCCUCCACGAGUGUGUGUGUGUUUGUGUGUGUUUAGUGUGUCCUCCAGUGGCUCAAAGUGAGGCCUCCUGUUUAUUUGUGUGCCUCCAUUAUUUUGGGAAUGUCGUUCCUCGGAUGGCAGGAUGGAGGGGAGGGAUGGGAGUGAGGACAGAGGGGCUGAUGACGGACAGACGAGCGGAUGGAGACGGCUGCAGUCUGAGGUUCAGUGUUUCCGUUUGUCCACUAGAUGUCACCAGAGGAUAGUUUCUCCCAUCUGUGUGGAUGUCCAGAUCUGAAUCGAGGGAUGCUGAUCAGAGGGUCAGGGUUAAGAUCUUACGGAGGAAUGAGAAUAAGGAUCUCCCUUCUUAAAUUGUCAAGAUGUUCCAGUAGUUUUACUUCAAAAGUACCACUUUUGAUUGGCUCAGACCAGGUUCACAUCCAACAGUUCUCCAUCCAUCCGUCACUUAAAGACAGCAGGAGUGAGAAUGGGAAUGUCAUGUAGUUGAGGACCACAGGUAGGAAUCAAACCCAAGCAAACCCCGUACAAGGUGCACGCAACUUCACCAAUAGACCAAACGGAAUCCCAACUUUCUUAGGAGUACUGGAGAAUCUGCUCUACUCUGAACCUCUACUGGAUCUAAGAGCCGUGGACCCUGUUUCUAAGGCCAGGCCCAGUUUUGCUGCUAGCAUCCGGGAUCUAGAUCUUUCAGCCCCUCAAAGUCAGAGUCCAUGACCGUCAGUAAGGGUAGAAACUGGAAUUAUCAGGUAGAGAUGUCCGGCUCCCUCUCCACCAUGAUGAUCCAGUGCCGUACCCUUGAAAUCUUUGAGGCAGAGACUUAGGACCCACCUGAAGGGAGGACUUUGGCCUGUUACGGUUCAUUCAGCUGUUUGGUGGUGGCGCUUUGGUGGUGAAGAUGAAAUCUGUUUGCGAAAACUGGUUCAAUUCAGGUUUCUUCUGCACCAGAUCGGACUGGAAUGAUUCACAAGUCAUCACUACACUUGGUGGCACAUCCUGACCCCUCAGGUGGGGGGUCCUGGGAUUGAAGUUUGAGAAGCAGUGGCAAAGAAAGUCCACAGAGUGCAGGAGCUAACCGCUAACUCGGCUAACCACUAAUUACAAGACAGAUUGCAGAAACCUCAGGGGGUCCAGCAGCUUGAUCCCGACUCUGGGAUUAUGUUGUUGCAUCAAAUGUUGGCAUCCAGAAGCCUCUUUGCUUUAGAGGCAUCCUUCAGGACCUUUUCUUCUUCGUUUUCUCUGCCUCUCCAUCCUUUCCUCUCGCUCAGACAGCGUGUCUCUCCGCUGCGCUCUGUUCCAAAUUAGCUCCGACUCUCUGUACUCGGCCGUCGUUACGACUCCCUCCACCAAGGAUGUGAAAAUAAAUAGAUCUGGGGAGGGAGGAGGAGAUGGAGGAGAGCUCAGGGCUUACAAUGGAGCUAUUGUCUGCUGCCACAUGCCCGUAGAAGAAGAAGAAGACGAAUAAGAAGAGGAGGAGGAGAGAGGGUUGAUAAAAGCUGAAUUUGAAGGUUUGCAGAUCCUUCAAAUCGGAUCUGAGUGAAACUUAUUAGAUGUUAACACUGGAAACUGGAACUGACUUCACCUGCAGUAGCGGAAUUUUACUGUUAUCUAAAACACAACAACACGAUUGUUGAGUUUCAACACUUCUGUGUGGUCUUCGCACUAUAAAACAAAAACAAGGGCGCAGUACAGACGGAUUAUCUUGGACUGGGAUCUCCAGAUCUGUCAUUGUUUUAUAUCUGCACUCAGUCAUUCGUCAUUUCCUUCUUCCUCUCUGUCUCUGUCCGAUCACAUUUCCCUCUCUCUGGUCUCUCUGUCUUUCCAUCUCCUCAUCUUUCCAUCUACUUCCCUCCUUCCUUCCUCUUUAUUUUCUUCCAUUCAUUUCCAGCGAAGGACGAGUUCAGAGCUUCUGCUGUGUAUUUGGUAGCUGCACACACUCACACACACAGGUCACACACACUAAUGGGAAACAGAUUGCUGGGCCUGUGAAGUAGAGGAAGAUUGAUUACCUGUAUCUAGUUACUGAACACACACAUGCAUGCGCGUGCAGCGAGGGUGGCGGAGGGUGCGCGCCCUGUCCCUGUAUCGAACCAUCGGAGGGAAGAAAGACUUUUUUCAGUGUGUGUAUGUGUGUGUUUGUGAUGUCUACAGAAUAAUGCUCCACACUCGACUGCCUCCGGACACCAUUAUUCCUCAUUCAGGCUCUACUUGCCAAAAAGUGAUCUAUAGUUGGGGAUGGCCCAGUCAGGAUUUUGACCCAAAUCCUGAUGCGAGUCAUUAAAUCCGGAGUAUUUUUCAUCACAGCUCCAAAUUGAUAUUUAAUAUCUCACUACAUGACCCAGCUGUGCGGCGCUCUAAGAGUGACCCUCAUAGUUUUUCCAUGCAGGUGAUUCUGACGCUCAUUAACACCAACGCUCUACGGAAUCUUCAUCAGGGCUUCUGCAGAGGCCUCCAAAAUAAAACACACGUUCAAUGACUUUAAUGUGAAGUUGCCUCCUCGUCUCCAUUAUGUAUCUACUCCAUAACUUUUUUCCCAUGGUUCCCUGCUCCAGUUUCCCUAUUUUCCUCCUGAAUUAAGAGAUGACACACAUUGCUGCACUUGAGCCUCAAGUGCCGCGCCGAAUGCCACCUCUGAAGAGAAGCGCCACAAAAGGUGGGGUUUAAAAUGCCCCCCCUUUCAGGACAGGACUUUGCAUUGUGUGGGGGGUCAGGGUGAACGGCGGUAUAGGCAGAUAAUCAGCACGACACAAAUACAAACAAAGACACCUGUAGAGGAAUGCUGAAGUGGACUUGACUGACGUAGGUGCUGACGUCUGAAAUCUGCGGAGUCUUGAAUUGUAGGACAGAUGCCUUUCUGUGUCACUAAUGGACCCUUUCAUGUCUGCUUUCACGGGAGGUCCAGCUCUGAUAAUUUGUGCGUAAAAAGAGAAAAACAAGCAUUCGAUGACUUGGGAAGGAAUGCCAUCGGAGUAAAAAGUGCCGUUAGCCAAACGAGACCCUGCUCCUCAAGGGUCCUGAAGUCUUUGCUGCGUUUACUCUUUAAAGAGUUUAGGUAAGAGUCUUAAAGAAGAAGUGAAAGGCCUGCUGGGAAUAUUUUUAGACGUUGUUUGUUACCUGAAAAGCACGGGCACAGCCUGGCACAUUUUCGUGUCCCCAUACUCGCUGCCAUGUAACCGAGCAUGCACAGGAUUCAGACUUUCCUCUUAUUUUGUUUGGAGGUAUUGUCUGAUAUGACUCACUGGUCUUCUAUUUCUGUGGGCAUUAGAUCAAAGAUGGCAUUGUGUUCUCCCAACAUCUCUGAUAGUGUGUUCUUCCGCUUUCGGGGGUAUCCACCCUGCCACGAACACCAGUUUUUCUCAUUAUCGUUGUCAUUCACGGCGCAAAUCGAGGCGCUCGAAGCCUCUGACGCAUCCGUUGACUUCCUUAUCGACAGAUUUAAGUGCAGAAGGUUGGCUACUCGCUGGCGCCGGGCAGGCAAAGGAAGUCACGGCAUUCACGUGGAGUUUCUAAAGGAGCGAGGGUGUGGAUGGAAAGAUGCAUUCAGCUUGGAUCUGUAAGGGUUUUCCCACAAAAAUACCCCUGAAAGUGACUCGACGUAGGAACAGGCGUCCAAAGAACCUGAACGAGCAAAUCCAAGAAGAUAUAAGAAGAUGUUAUUAAAUGACUGCAAAACCAAACCCUUGGAAUCCUUGCGGAGGCCGGUGUACCGCCAUAAGUACUCGCCUCCUUGAUUGGAAGUCCAUUGCUUGGCUUGGCCGUCCAUUGACAAACGUGACUCUGUUUUCUUUCUGUUGUGGAUACAAGCUUCCUCUAAUUUCUCCCCAAAACUUCCUCUUUGAUUAUCCGUAUUUUUAGUAUUCCUGAUUCAACCCUGCUGCAGAGGAAGCUGAGUGCAUCAUUUCCCAAAGGAGUCUGCAAAUAGAUCCUCAGACAGGACGCGGUUUACAUUAGAUUUGGUCUUGGUCAUUGAAUUGUCUUUCCACUUGGAUGGACUCCAUUUUCCUCCGUCUGUGCCCCACCCUUUUCUUAUUUUCAGAAUCUUUACUGCAUAUUGUCAUCUUUCCAAAAUAAAUACCCAAACAUUGACUACCAAAAUAUCUCAAGGGGUCUUGAGCUACCAAAGGCCACCAGAACAUCCUCAGAGCUCUUUGGACUUCAACAGAAAGUCAAAACACUGAUAAAAACGAUGUUUUCUUAAAGAUCCGUGGAUGCUGUUGGUCAUUUGGUGGUUUCUGAUCUGAUCUGGUCACUGCAUUUGGUUCACAUUGCAGUUGCUGCUCUCAGUUGCCAAUCGUGGCUAAUGACUCCUAAGUUCUCAAACAUAGUGAUAGUAAAACAACCCGCCGUCGACCCUCAAUAGUAUCACCUUCCUCUGCGUUGUUUCACUUUGACUUCAUGGCUUUAUGUUUGGAAAAGUCCAAAAACUUGGACCCUGUCGACUCCAAACAUGGCGGCAUCACAGAUCCAGUGAACCCUGUCCCUGAAGAGGUCAAGCGUUCAGCUUUUAGCGCAGAUCGAACCUGCGCAGAUCCUCGGGAGCGAUCGUACGUGCUUUGUUUUGGGUUUCACCGACUCUUCGUCUUUCCUGCUCUUCCCUUCCUGUCCUGACAUUUUCCCCUCUGAUGCAUUCUCGGGCGCUUUGGUGAAUCACUCUUUUUAUGGGUCAUUUCCACAGGAGUUUUUGUGGGACAGCUUUUACACCAAGGUCGAAACCUUGACCUCGCAACACCGUGCUCGAUUUUACAGUUGUUUUAAGACGAACAUAAAAACAGGGAGGCGAGGAGGGAUGUCUGGGGUUUGUUUUGCCUGCUUUUGUAUUUUGAGUGAGAUCGGAGGAGCGCAUGUCUGGACAGCUGCAGUCGAGUUAGAUUAGAGGCCAGGUUUCAUUGUUAUCAGAAACAUCUGGUUAUGGUGUCAGACCCUUUGAAUCAAAGACUUUCUACUGUUCUGAAGUGGUGCCAAAGAGCUGAACGCAACAAGUUCCCCUUCCUCUUCUUUAGACUUUGGGAAAUGUAGAAGAAACUUCACAGACCAAACAAAGCGCCCCCUCCUCCAGACAAUAGAUUCAAACCUGUCUGGAUUUCUAAUGUGCGUUUGUUUUGAUCCGUGUUGUGUUUCAGGCCCAGCUGCAGCGCUCUUUGGACAGCUCUGUCUCCGUGCAGCCCAGAGCCCUGAUCGGCCGACGCAGCAGAAAGGAGGCCGCGGCGGCGAUGGUCACGGAGAGCGACGGACAUGGAGGCAGCCCGGUGUCGGAGCAGGACUCGGGAAUCCUGGACGUGGAGGACGAGGAGGAGGAUGAUGAAGUGAGAAAUGGAACAGUUGGAAAUUAAAGAUUGUGUAUUUUCAACUAAAUCCACCUUUACCUGAAACUGGGGAGAGUUAGUGAUGUGGAUGUUCUGAUGGAGGGCGGAGCAGAGAGACAGGAAGAAGCACGACAAAGGAAAGGCUGUUAUUAGGCCUUAUAACACGCUUAAUAAGAGCCGUUACUCAUUGCUUAUAAGACGGUUUCUGGCCUGUUGAUAGAAGGAGUCCUGCUACGGUUGUUUUUAUUUAUGAAAAUUGUAAAUAUCUGAUAUAUUUGAAGUAUGUGGUACAAAGAAGUCCUGGUGUAUUCAAAGUUUCAGUCCCAAACCACGAUCACGACCUUCAAGACCGGUUUGUUAAGUAAUCUGUCCGACAGUGACCCGGUCUGAGGGACGGCUGGAAAACAUGUUUACGGCCCCCUCUAAAGGUGAACCUCUCUCAGUCUGUGAACUCUUGAAGUCGUCCCUGGCGGGGAUCAGAAGUCCUGUUUGCUGCCCUGUUGUUCCCUCUCGAGGACAGCCGAGCACAAAGAGAACAGAGCGCUGAACUUGUCACCCCCGCGCUGCCAUUCUGUUUUAAGGUCCCUGUCGUCCCCUCGGCUUAUUUACGUCCUGUAAACUCCACUCAACCCUCUUCACGGGAAGACCUUGGCUCAAACAAAGGCCUGACCCCUCGGUCAGCGGGGUUACGACCGCGUUGGCGCCGAUGGUCGCGGUGAUGCCAACUGUAGAGUCUCCUCGCACCAUCCCUGCCCCUGCCAUGUCUUUCCUCUCCGCCUCUGCCCCGUGUCUCUGUUUCUGACCUCUCUGUCGUCUUUCCUCUUUGAUUCAGAGCUCAGAUCUUGUUUUUGUGAUCGUGUGUUAAAGUGGGUGAAGCUGCCACUGUUUUCCUCCUUUGAAGACGGAGGAUGUGGGCAGAGAGGAAGCAGAGGAAUGUAGGAUGGUUAGACGGAGGGGUAAAUGGAGAGAAGUGGAAAAAUAAAAGGCUGGUGACUGUCAGAAAACCGUUUGAGGAGCCGCAGAAGACUUUACUCUCUCUGUUUCAUCUCCUCUCGACCACGUCUGUCAAAUAAACCAAGAUGUCAUCUGAGGGACUUGAAUCCAGCAGACUUGAAGUAAACAGAAAUGACGAACAGUGAGACGAAGAGUUUGAAGGUUUUCAAAUCAUUGAAACUGUUUUUAUUGAAAGUUGUGCAAAGACAACAAAUGAAAAGUUGAUCCUGACAGAAUAGGAGUUAUCCUUUCUGCUGGUUUCUACAUUAGACCGAGGAAAGAAGAAGAAGAAGAAGAAGAAAAAGAAGAAGAGGAAGCUUGUUGAAGGGGAGAAAGAAGAAGGAGCUAGUUGAAGAAGAAAAAGAAGCUAGUUGAAGAAGAAAAAGAAGCUAGUUGAAGAAGAAAAAGAAGAAGAAGCUAGUUGAAGAAGAAAAAGAAGAAGAAGCUAGUUGAAGAAGAAAAAGAAGAAGAAGCUAGUUGAAGAAGAAAAAGAAGCUAGUUAAAAAAGGAGCUAGUUGAAGAAGAUGCAGAAGCUAAGUGAAGAAGAAGAAGCUAGCUGAAAAAGCAGGAGAAGAAAAAGAAGAUAGUUAAAGAAGAAGAAGCCAGUUGAAGAAGAAAAAGAAGAAUCUUAAAAAGAAGCUAGUUAAAAUAGAAAAAGAUAGAAGAUAGUAGAAGAAGCCAGUUGAAGAAGAAGCUAGGUGAAGAAGAAGGUUAAAGAAGAAGAAGAAUCUAGUUAAAAUAGAAUGUAGUAAAAGAAGCCAGUGAAAGAAGAGGAAGCUAGUUGCAGAAGAAGGAGAAGAAGCUAGUUGAAGAAGGAACAAGUUAAUGAAGAAGAAAAAGAAAUAGCUAGUAAAAGUAGAAGAAAAAGAAGCUAGUUAAAGAAGAACAAAAGAAGAAGCUAGUUAAAGAAGAAAAUUAAGAAGAAGCUAGUUGAAGAUUUAUUGCAAAUCUACAAACGUUAAAAUCAUGUGUUUUGCGUUACUCCACAGCUGAACUGCUAAACUUUUAUUUGUUAUCUUCCAGUGAUCUAUCAGAAGUAGUCCCCUUCAAAAUAAAAGCAUAUUUUGAACAUUUCGGAAAUGGAACAACCUCAGUGCACGACAGAAAAAAAAACAAAUGAAAGCGUGAUGAUUAAAUGUUUACUGAGUGACAGAUUUGAUAUUCGGACAUAAUUAGACGUAGAUGAAGACGUGUGAGGUGUUCAUCAGUACGGUUUAUAAAAUGUUGAUCGGCUCUCGUCUGAGCUUUUCUCAAAGUGACUGUAUUUUGAGUUUUCUCUGAAUAUCGUUGAUCAGGACACAUAAAGUGGUUCCUCCCCCUCUUAUCACAGCACACGGUCUAAUAAAAUAUCUGAAAUUAGAGAAACUGAAACGUAAAAAAACACAGACUUUAAAGAAGAAGGUCCAGUCUGAUGGUACUGUUUGUGUCUCUGCAGGUUCCAGGAGCUCAGGACUUGGUGGAUUUCUCUCCGGUGUACCGCUGUCUUCACAUCUACACCGUGCUGGUGAGACCUUCAUCUUGACCUUCAGGCUGACCUUUGAAAUCUAACCACAGACACCCACACUGAAGGGGGUCACUAACGGUCACCUCGAGCGUCAAACAUCAUCUAUUUUCCCUGCAUGGAUGUGAAAAUAGAAAAUUUAGUCGGAGUUAAGUUUAACAGAGCGACUCGGCUUUGUUUGAGAUCUGAGACGGGGUUUUAAAAACCUCAAAUCCUUCAGCCUUUGUGCUCCGAACAUGUAAUUGCGUCUCGGCGAGCUGAAGUCCAUCUCUCGUGGUCCUGGUGGAGAAAAACCACACGGCUCCUGUACUGAGAGAUGCUGUAAGAGGAGGCCUCCACUCCAGCCUGGCUUCACUCCAACCAGUGUGUGUGUGUGUGUGUGUGUGUUAGUGUGUGUGUAAGUGUGUGUGUGUCAUCUCAGCCAGAGUGAAAGCGACAUGGGUGGAGGUGUUGACUGGGCCAUGACGGGGUUAGAUGCACAUUUUGGGUCCUGUGUGAGUGUGUGCCUGCAGGCUUGUAGGGGCCACGACCGGGCCAGGGGGGUCGGCUGUUUCUGUUCAGUCUGUGUGUGUCUGUGUGUGUGUGUGUGUGUGUGUGUGUGUGUGUGUGUGUGAGCGAGGGGGACAGGAAGUGCAUGAACUUUGACAGGAAGGAGAAAAUGAACAGGAGAAAAGAGCGAUGGAGGGAGCAGAAAGGGAGAGUGAGGUUAGGGAGAGGGUAAAGAGAGGGCGACGUGACGGAGGGGGGAGGGGCGGAGUUUAAAGGGAAGAGCCGAGAGGUCAGGAAAGUUUAAGGGGGGGGGGGAGGCUCGACGAGGGUCUAAACGGAGGGAGGAUGGAGAAGGUGAGCGAGGAGGAGAAAGUGAGCCAGGACUCGACUGAUAAACGAGGAGGUUGGAGGAGAUAAGGAGGUCAGGGGGAGGUGAAGGGGGCAACAACAGGAAAAGAAGGAGAAGAAAGGGAGGAUGAAAGAUGGAGGAGGCGAUGGAGGGGGAAGGAGUGUGUUCUGUCUCAGGAAGGUGUUGAAAGGCCUGACCUCUUCACCUCUGAGGUCACCAUCAUCGCUCGCUCGCUCGCUCUCUCUCUCACGCCGUCACGUUAUCGUCAACUUCCUCCUGAUCGACGCGGAUCUGAACCUCGAUGUAGAACUGUCGCAGGAACUCAGGGGGACCGGUACUCCCUGGUACCAGUCAUGGUACCUGAGGACGAGGACAGAAGUCCAGAUAAACCAGUGAACAAACACACACAGAGAUGAACCCGGGGUAAUCCACGGAGUAUUAAAAAGUAUUGAAAGGUGAUAAAUCGAUUUUGGGAAAAUUAAGACCCUUAAGAACGUCUUUUCACGACUUUACCAAGUCUUGCAUUUUGAAGGUAUUAUUUCUGAAUUCGCUGUCCAAGAGUUUGAGUCCUAAAAACAUCGUAAACAUUUAUUCGUUUCCUUAAAAAACAAAGAUGAACUGGCACGUAAAAAAAUUACGCUAUUGUGGAUGCAUUCGUAAACCGUCUCCGAGAGCGCCAGAGUGCCUCGUAAAUUCACAAAAUUCGCCCUGGCGCUCCCAGUGCAUACAAGAACGGAACUAUGUCACUUGACACUCUCAGUGCGCAAAAACGGAAGAGAAGACUUGGUGAACGGUCAUGGGAAAGUGCGAGUUUGCGGAGUCCUGGCUUGGCGUGCCGGACUUUACAGGAUGGAGGGGAAUACCGAGGAGGCGUAUCGUAGAACGUGCAAGAAGAGGAUUAACAUCGUGUCCACGGGAAUUAAGGCAUUAAAGUCCCACAUAUGUUGUGCACAACCUACCACCGGCAGCUGCACCUGAACCUAACGUUACGACUACGACCUCUUCCGUCGCUGGGCGGAACGGCAACGCUGCUUGGAGGUGUCAUGGUGUCUCCACUCAGCGGAGAAACACCACUUGGCUGAACAGUAACGAAAACUUGUCUGACGUUUUCAGGGCCGUGUUUCCCGAUUCAGACAUAGCCAAGACUUGUGCUUUUGGUUACGGACAAAUCUGGUUACAGUAUACGAUCCGGCUUCGCACCAUCCUGGAUACUAGAUGGUAUCUAAUUCCUCCCCAACCCGGCAACGGCAUGGUGGCUGUCUAACAUGAGUCUGGUCCUGCUCAAGGUUUCUGCCUGUUAAACGAAAGUUUUUCCUCACCGCUGUCACUCAUGUUAGAUGAGAUGGUCCAAAACCCAUCUUAGGUCGGUUCUUGAUAAUUCAUCAAACAUUGAGCGUGGUCUAGACCUGCUCUUGUUCUUUCUUGACGACUUUUGCUGCAUAAGAAAAUUUCAGGCACAGGAUUUUUUCUGCUUCCAGAGGGUCUCCGUAAAAAAAAAGGUCGAUAAAGGUUUUAAAAUUAGCGUCGGGAUUCCUGUUUAUACCCCGUGAACCCGUUUUCUCCAUUAAGGUGUAGUUUGAUUGACGGCUCAUUGGGCAGAGAUGCCGAAUUACCGUUUGACGGGAAAUCAAGAAUGUCCAGAAACGAUCGCUGAACUGGCUCGAGGCGUGGACUGGAAAACCCACAACACACACACACACACACACACACACACACACUUUCAGACACACAGUUUUUUGUUUAAUGGUCAAACAGGCACACGCUCGUAACAGUUACAUUUAUUUUUCUAGUAAACCUGGAUUUGAAAAUCCCAUUUGCAAUCAGGACCUCCACCUCCUCCAAAUCUCUCCAUCCAUCCCUCUCUCCUUCUCUCCUCCGUGUUUAAAGUCGGUGAUUUUCCAGCCCGGGUCCCGAACAAUACUCCUUUGUUACACUAACACACACACACACACACACACACACACACACACGUGUAGUGGGAGGAGAUCUGAGGAGCAGUGAUGAGUGUAAACACGAGUCUGGAGUCCAAAAACCUGAGCGAGCGGAGAGAGGAAAUGGAAGAGACCAGGAGAUCCAAACAGAGUCCAAAAGCUGGGGUCCUGCUGGACUGGUCCUCUACCCCGAGAUGGAGAGGGGGUAUCGGUCCAAACACACACGUAUAAACGGACUCUGUGUGCUCUGGAGGUGGUCUGGUUGUGUCGUAAGGGUCUUGUCGUGUUAUCUCCCCACUCUUGGGGUCUUAUCUGAGGACUCUGGGUCCUGGUCUGGACCCUUUAAGGCCACAAGUUUCUCACACACAGCAGAGAAAGAGAGGGGGAGCAGGACCAGAUAGGACCUGGUCCAGUUUGGGUUUCUGUGUGGGUCUGAUCAGUGACGCCAAACUAAACUAAACACACGCAUGAGCUCACCUGGACGCGCUAUUUUUUUUUGUUGGAUGGUAGGGGAAAGUCCCGCCUCCUUCACCUCUGAUUGGCCAAAAAAGCUGGAAACGUCAUCGCACACUUCUGAAUCUCCUAAUCAGAGGCGAAAGAGGGCGGGACCUUCCUCUACCAUCCUCCAAAAAAAAAAAAAAAUCGCCACCCGGACUCUGACCCCACCAUGAAGACCCUCCUCCAGCCGGUCCUCCUGUCCUCCACCCACCUGUCCUCCGUUCUCACCUGCAGGGUUUACGGGACGUCUUUGAGAACUACUACAGGAAGCAGAGGAGGAAACAGGCGCGCCUCGUUCUGCAGCCCCACUCUAACAUGGUAUGACCCCACCCCCACUCUGUCUAACUACACCUGCACCACCCCCACACCUCCACCUCCACCUCCACCCACACACUUGUCCUAAUAUCUGAUUAACUGAUGUGACCUUCAGUCAGUAAAAACUCUUAACUUUAUAAACGUUUUGUCUGUUUUUCUUUCCUCUGUUUUUUUUUCUUCUUUUUCAUUUUCAGCAUGAAACUCUAGAGGGAUACAGACGAUACUUCAACCAGAUCGUAGGGUAAGCUGCUCAGUUCUCCUCCUCUCUUCUCUCUUCUCCUCUUUCCUCCUACUCUUCCUCUCCCUGCUCCUCUUCUGGUUUAGGUAAAGAGGAGAGGAGAGCAGGGAGAGGAGUAGUUUCAAGUGGUUUCCUCUCGCCUCCUCUUUCUAUCUCCUUCUCUCUUUCCUCUCCUCUCUCCACCUCUUUCUCUCUCCUCUUCUCCUCUUUCUCUCUCCUCCUCUCUCCACCUUUUUCUCUCUCCUCUUCUCCUCUUUCUCUCUCCUCCUCCUGCUCUCCUUCUCCUUCUCUUUCCUCUAACCAUUUUCCAAUCAGUGAUCUUCCCGUCUGUACCAGCAUCAUGAUUCUUCACCACCGACAUUCCUCCUGUUCAUCCUUUCAUCCCUUCAUUCUUUAUCCCUUUAUCCCUCCAUCCCUCUAUCCCUCCAUCCUUCCUUCUUUCAUCACUCCAUCCCAACAUCGCUCCGCCCUUUUAUCCCUCCAUCCUUCCUCCAUUCAUCCCUUCAUCACUCCAUCCCUCCAUCCCUCCUCUUGUUCAUCUCUCCAUCUUCCAUCCCUCAUCCUUCCUCCUGGUCAUCCCUCCAUCCUUUUAUCCCUCAUCCAUCCUUCCGUUCAUCCUUCCAUUCUAUCAUUCCUUCAUCCUUCAUUCCUCCUGUUCAUCCCUCCAUCGUUUCAUCCCUUCUUCCUUUCAUCCUUCCUCCUGUUCAUCCCCUCAUUUUUCCAUCCUUCAUCUCUCCAUUGUUCCUCCUGUUCAUUCAUCCUUCCUCCUGUUCAACCUUCCCUUUUGUUCAUCCUUCCAUCCUUUCAUCCCUCCAUCCUCCUUGUCUAUCUUGGCUCUAGACUCGGUGACACAGACAAACUCCAAACUCUUCGUUUUUAGAGUUUUUUGUUUUUUUCGUUUCAUUUCCUCGGAGUGACUCUGACUGUUUGACAUCUUCUCUUCUUCUCCUCUUCCGUUUUUCUCUCUCUCUUUCUCUCUGUUGUUCUUUUCCAUCCUCUCUUGUCCGUCUCUGGCCAAACUCACCCUUCCCCUCGUUUUACUUUUCCUCUCAUCCAUCACUCCAUCCAAUUCUCUCUCUCUCACACACACACACACGCUGGUACAUUAGUGUGGAUUGAUAGAGUGUGUGUGAUGGUGGUUGGCGUAUUGCUGUUAUUCCUUCUGUCUGUCUGAGUCCAGCAGACGCUUCUAUAAACACGGCCAAGACUGGACACUGACACACACACACACACACACUCACACUCUCGUCUGUUAUUCCCAUCCCAACCUUUGGAAAGUCGUGUCCAUCCCGUGUCUCUCACACGUCUCUCUCUCCGCCCUCCGCUCGUCCAUCCUUCCCUUUCUUUCCCAUUCAUCCGUCCAUCCCUCCGUCCUUUAAUAACUGGAUCCUUCACUUCCUUUUGUUCUCCACUAACAGCUCUCUAAUUAGACUUUCCCCGUCCGUCUUUAUUCCCUCACUCAUGAACUCUUUUAUUUUCUCAGUGCAGAUGGAUGAGAGUCGCUGUAAAAACACAAACGUUGGAUUAAAUUAAAAGUCAUGUCUCUGCAGCAGAUGUUGAUAAAACAGGUUCAUGAAUAAUUUGAGCCUUGUUUUUGAGGUAAAAUUGUGCAGUUUGAAGUAGUUCACUGCUUUCAUCCCUCAAAUUUCUCAUAUCUUGGAUUUCUCAUAUCUCAGAUUUCUCGCUCAGCUCAGGAUUUGCUGCUAAAGAAAGUGGAUAAAAACAUUCAUGACUGAUUUAAACCCUGUUUUUGAGUAUAAAUUGUGAAGUUUGAAUUAUUUUACUGCUGUCAUACCUCAGAUUUCUCAUAUGUGAGAUUUCUUAUAUCUCAGAUUACUUAUAUCUCAGAUUUCUCAUAUCUCAGAUUUCUCAUAUCUCAGAUUUCUCAUAUCUUACAUUUCUUAUAUCUUAGAUUUCUCAUAUCUCAGAUUUCUCAUAUCUCAGAUUUCUCAUAUCUCAGAUUUCUCAUAUCUCAGAUUUCUCAUAUCUCAGAUUUCUCAUAUCUCAGAUUUCUCAUAUCUUACAUUUCUUAUAUCUUAGAUUUCUCAUAUCUCAGAUUUCUCAUAUCUCAGAUUUCUCAUAUUUCAGAUUUCUCAUAUCUCAGAUUUUUCAUAUCUUACAUUUCUCAUAGCUCAGAUUUCUCAUAUGUGAGAUUUCUCAUAUCUUAGAUUUCUCGUAUCUCAGAUUUCUUGCUCAGCUCAGGAUUUGCUGCUAAAUUAAGUGAAAAACUUCAUAUGUGAUGAAUAAAAAAGGACUUUUAGUGCAGAAGAAGAAGAAAGCGUGUGAAAUUCUUCUCCAGGAUUGUAAGUCUUGACUUGUAGGAUAGCUGUUUAAGUGUUUCAUAAUUUCACCUCUGUUCUUGUCCAGCUUCUUCGUGGUGGAGGAUCACGUCCUUCACACCACCCAGGGUCUGGUGAACCGCGCCUACGUGGAGGAGCUCUGGGAGUUGGCGUUGUCCAAAAUCGUGGCAGCCCUGAGAACACACUCUGUAAGGAGACGCGACAUCAGCACUUUUUAGAGACGCACAGAGAAAUGUUAAACCCCUCUGAUUUACUCUCCUGUCUCCUCAGUCCUACUGUGACAACCCGGACCUGGUUCUGGACCUGAAGAACCUCAUUGUCCUCUUCGCUGACACGCUGCAGGUACGUUUGUGUGAUUAACUGUUCAGAUAUCUCCACAUGUUCCAUGUAAGCUCUGAGAUAUUCCACCCCUGAGGCCCAUCAAACCGCCUUAAAUCGGGUUUGGUACUUCGGAGACUGGCGGGCGUCCACGUCUUAAAGAAAGACUCUCUUUUUGAGCAGAAAUCCGUUUAUCAUCAGAUGUCAUAUAUUUACUCCGAGCUGGACGGAGGAUGGAGUGAGAGUGACGGGAGAUGAAGGGGGAUGUGGGUAGAAACUGGACAGGAGGAACAUCAUCCAGGGAUGAGGGAGGAGAUGAUAGACGAGCGGAGACCUUCAGGUGAAGUGAUGAGGUGAUGGAGGACGGCAUAGUUUUUCUCCUGUGUCCAACAUUGGCGGAGGUUUGGACUUGAAAAGUUUCGCCAACUUGGACGCGUCAAAAUGGGUUUAAGAGGAACUUCAGGGUCGGAAAUAAAAAAAAUCUCGUUUUAAAAUCUUGAUUUGAUAAAAAAAAUAUGAAAGAAAGUUAAAAGUUCAGCAGAAGGACAAGGACCAAAACUAAGACUGGACAGUCCUGAACUUCAGGCCGUCAGGCAGCACUGCAUUAAAAACAGAUCCGACUCUGUAGUGGAAGUCACCACAUGAGAACAAAAUCCCUCAAACGAACUACAAAAAUGUCUUUUCUUUGAAUAGAUCAAACACUAUCAUUGCACUAGCCACCAAACAUUGUUUUAACUUUAGCAAAGAGACUAAACACAACUCGCCUACUCUCUUCCAGCAGCUGCUCGUUUGUAGCGAGACCUCAGGCCAGUCCAGUAUGGACUACAGCGGGGUUUCGCAGCUCAAGGAAGAACAUUUAUGAUCAUUUCUUUAUCAUUUCCUUGAAGUAAUAAUCGUCAUAUUGAUCAUUUUGCACUGCAGAUGCGGUAGUUCUUCUGUCUUAGCGUCUCGGUCUGAUUGUAUUUCCAUGAAGAAAUGAUCAUAAAUGUUCUUCCUUGAGCUGCGAAACCCCGCUGUAGUCGAUGGACUCGCCCAGAGGGAUCAGGAACUACUGAUAGUGAAGUUCUUAAAAAGUUAGUAUAAUUUAAAAUUUCAAGAAGUUCAGAAGUUUCAUCCAAAAAGAAGAUUUUUUUAAUAUCCUGCCUUUUUAAAGAAUCGGAAUAGAGAAUUGUUAGGAACCGGAAUCAAAACGAGGAAUCUGAAUCGGAAUCAUUCAAAAUCAAACGAUACCCAACCCUACAUAAGAGUGGAAUCGCUGGCACCUGUUGUCCUGUUGCGAUCCUAAUGUUUGGCAUGACAUACCGAGGUUGCCUUCCAGAAUCUCAGUCUGCAACAGAUAUCGAGAAUUACGAUAUUUCUGACAUAGUAUCUAUAUAUCGCCGAAUAUUUACAGUAAAUAUACAGCAGGAGUUUCGCCAAAGUCGUGCAGGCACCAGGUUGCACUUACUGUGGGAAUGCAAUACAAUUUAGGUAUUCUGGAGGGCAAUAUGUGCAAACAUUAGUUACGAAGGCACCGCUUUGACUCCUAAGGUUACACUCAGGUGUUCAGGACCCUCACUGGUCGCUCUGGUUCCUCCUCCUGCAGGGUUAUGGAUUCCCCGUGUCCCAGCUGUUCGACAUGCUCCUGGAGAUGAGGGAGCAGUACGGAGAGAUCCUGCUGAAGAGGUGGAACCUCACCUUCAGGUAGGAGUCGUGUUCGGGGCCCGUGUUGGCGAGUGCGUGCCGCGCUGACCGUCCGCUCUCUAGUCAGAGGGUCAGGAGGGCAAAUCCAGUUUGUGGGAAACUUCCUGGUCCUGGUUUUGAAGUUUUACGACCAGCCAGAGAGAGGAAGUGCUUUAAAACAAGAUUUCCGGAACAUUCUUUGCCCUUAAGAAUGGGCACUACCCUUACAAGACCGUGUGUGUGUGUGUGUGUGUGUGUGUGUGUGUUGUAUAUAUGUGUGUGUGUGUGUGUGUUUGGGCUUUUACAUGCCAUUGUUUCACCAUCGCGUUUGUCCAAUGACACCAGAGGGAUUUCAAACCCGAGCAGACAAACAAACACACGCUCCCUCUCUCUCUCUCUCUCUCUCUCUCUCUCUCUCUCUCCGUCACACACACAUAAACACACACACACACAAACACACACUCUGGGGAAGCCGCAGGAAUGUUGUGUUGUAUUGUUGGAGAGGGAGCGCUCUCCGGUUCACGGCCUCUCCAUGGAACGCUGGAACGUCCGAAACUUUGGAGCGCCAACGAGAAAAACCUCAAGCAUUAGAAUGACCCCCAGUGGGACGAUUGUUUAUAUGAGUGUGUGUGAGUGUGUGUGUGUGAGGAAACUUACCUGAGCUGUCUUUCCUCUGCAGGCAGGUGUUGGACCAGGACAACUACAGUCCGAUCCCUGUGGCCACAGAGCAGGAGUUCAGACACUACACUUCCCAGUUUCCCCUGCAAGACCCCGACCUGGAAAAGGUACAAAAACCUGAUCGGGAGAGGAAAAACAUGCCGAUUUCAGGGUUUAGAUUACCGUAUUUACCCUAAUAUAAGAUCACCUUGAUUAUAAGACGACCUCCUGCUCUCUGUCUUCUUUAGUGACGGCAUAAAAAAGACUAAAUCUGACUGAAACUGGACUUUUAAACUCUACAUAGCCUGACUAACGUACCUGGUAAACUAGGGUGACCAUAUUCUGGAUCCCCCAAAAAGAGGACACGACUAGGCGGGGAGGAAGUCGUGGAGUCAUGCGUAGUUAAUUUUGAGAGUUUUCCGGCUCAGAUCAAGUGUUUUUUACCCGCUUCUAGUCCAUGUGACACAAACUCAAAACUUCUGUAUAAAACCUUGGACAUUUGAAGGAUUUUAUAAACUUCCCCGGACCAAGCCAAACAGGCCAGACAGCCCCCAAAAAAGAGGACAUGACUACGCAGGGGCGAGGUCGCAGAGUCACAGAGUCAUGCAUAGUUAAUUUUGAGAGUUUUCCGGGUCAGAUCGAGUGUUUUUUACCCGCUUCUAGCUCAUUAAGUCCGCAUGACACAGACUCGAAACUUCCGUACUAAACCCUGGACAUCUAAAAGAUUUUAUAAACUUCCCCGGACAAAGUCAGACAGCCCCCCAAAAAGAGGACAUGUCCAAGUAAAAGCGGACACCCUAUGGUAAACCUGUUUGGGUGUGAACUCUCCGGACUCACGGAACGAGUGGAUUUUAAAGUCUUUGGUGUGUUCGUUUCUAGACCCUCAACUUCACUUUUCCCUGAUUAAAAGGGAAAAAAAACUUUUCAUAUUUGUGUAAAUACGGUUAACAUUCAUGAUUAAAAUCUCUCAUAAUCCCUGUUUUUUUCUUCUGAUUUCUCCAGCUGCCUUUCCCCAAGAAGCUCCCGUUCUCCGAGUUCGUGCCAAAAGUCUACUGCCAGCUCAAAGAGUUCAUCUACGCCUGCCUGAAGUACUCUGAAGACCUGCAUCUCAGGUACUGGUCUGUGGGUUUGGUUUUCUUCUGGGUUUGCUGUAGUGGGCGAAGAACAUGGUUUAGGGUCCAUCUUUCGAAGGUCCAUCCUGAAGUCAUGGUCUCUAAACCAGAAUAAUAUUGUAAUCCCAGCAGUUCUGGAGCUGAAAUCCGGUAACUCUUCAGUCUCUUAAACCGGAUUAUUGAAACUCUCUGAACUGGUCGGUCUGAGCUAACAGAUGUUUUUCUGAGUCUAACGGUUCCUCUCUCUCGGAGCAGACAGCACUAAUCGCUCUUCUCAAUCAGAGUAAUGACUCCCAUUAUCCGACCUGGCUUGAUUUUUACGGUCCCGCGCACACCCUGCUAUCCGGUUACCGCGGCGGCGGGCCUUCCUGCCCCCGCUUCAAACGUGCACAGAUGCUCGGGUCCGGAAGCAGACCCCGGUGAUGAAGCGGGAUUGUGGUCAUUGAUCCUUUUGACCUUUGACCUCGACCUCUGUUUGUAAUUCGGAGAGGAUGCUUGAGAGUCGACGUCUCUAUUUUUAUCUCCUGGUGCCUGCAGGUUUUUAUCGGUACAGAUGUGUGAGAGUUUGAGGGUUUGUGUGUUUGAGACGUGCAGGGAAGGGGAGGGGGACUGUCUUUUUGUCCUUCUGUCCGUCUGUUUGUUGGUAGAUUCGCCACUUUGGUCCCUUACCUUAGUUAGAUCCAUCAUUUACAGUCUUAGCAAUAUUUCUGCAACAGUUUCCAACUCCAUGCUCACUUUUUGUUGAAGGAAACAGCCUCAUUAUUCUGAACUUCUGAAGUUUUUACGGCCUCAUUGUCAGCAUCAUAGAAACACUCUUUUAAAGGAAGCUGCGGUCAAACUCUUCAUGAAGGUUUGGAAAAGACCCAAGUCCUGGUUUUGCCGUGAAGAAUAUCCUCAGCAGGUUGAUAACACGGAAAAUCUCUGUUAAAACUUGUACCUGAACUUUCUACAAGUCUGAAGUUUGGUGGUUUGAUUCUCAGAGCAGUACAAACAUGCUUCCUCUGGAUCUGCCCGUGAAACACUCUCCUCAACCUCAAACUGGAGUCCAGGGUCGGAGGAUUGUGGGUGUGAACGUGUCGAACUGUGAAUAUGAAACAAGGUGUCGCUGAGAAAGAGCACACGGACUCAGCCGGCCUGUUUUUGGGGUAAAGACUGGAAAGAAACUCAAGAUGAAAGAGAAGACUCCUCUUGGCCACGAUCUCCUCACGAUUGAGGAGAAUCAAGAAAAUCAGAAUCAAACUGCGUAGCGUGCCGAUCAAUCCCCGACACCAGCAGAGAUCCAACCACAGCCGAGUCCGUGCCAAGCUGCUGCGAAGCCUGUUUGAUGAAGUCCAGUUCCAAGUUCCCUUAUAUCACAGGGAGUCGGCAUGACCAUGAACCACUCAAGUCCUGUCCCCAUCAAAGUUUGCCAUCCCAAGAUAAUUAGCAAGUCAUGAACCUCUUGUGUCGUGUCCCCGUCAAACUUUGCCAUCCUGGAAUAAUUCGCAACGUCAUGAACGACUCUAGUCCUGUCCCCGUCAAACUUUGCCAUCCUGGGAUAAUUCGCGAUAUCAUGAACCACUCAAGUCCUGUCCCUGUCAAACAUUGCCAUCCUGGGAUAAUCGCGAUGUCAUGAACGACUCAAGUCCUGUCCCCAUCAAACUUUGCCAUCCUGGGAUAAUUCGCGAUAUCAUGAACCACUCAAGUCCUGUCCCCGUCAAACUUUGUCAUCCUGGGAUAUUUCGCAACGUCAUGAACCAAUCCAGUCCUGUCCCCGUCAAACUUUGCCAUCCUGGAUUAAUUCGCGAUGUUAUAAACCUCUCGUGUCGUGUCCCCGUCAAACUUUGCCAUCCUGGAAUAAUUCGCGAUGUCAUAAACCACCCAAGUCCUGUCCCCGUCAAACGUUGCCAUCUGGGAUAAUCUCGAUGUCAUGAACCACCCAAGUCCUGUCCCGGUCAAAUUUUGCCAUUUGCAAUGUGACAGUUAAAGUUUAUCAGGAAAUAAACUAACACAGAGGAUUUCUAGACUCUCUGUACUGGGAGUAAAACCAGUCCCUCCCAGUUCCCAGUGGGUUUGCAUACUCGCUCCAAAGCGGCCCCUUAACGACAUCAUUUAAAGGUACGUUCUAAGAGUUGCUUGUCGUCCACCAUCAUGAUACCUUCAACAGAACCGUUGCUUCAGUCCGCGGCUCCUCUCGGAGAAAUCUUCUACAAUAAAGUCAUUACAGUUCGGUUUCACGGAUCAAGAUCUGGUUCCAGUUCAUAUCAAGUUCUGGAAACACGGCCCCUGUUAUUUUGUGCUACUACAGCGAGCUCGCUGCGUCUUUCAUCAUGUUUCAGUCACGUCAGUUUAUUUCAGUCAGCGGGCGGUUGAGGAGUCGAACCGCAGCGAUAUUUAGUGUCAGGAGCGCUGUUCCAGAGACGGAUGAUGUCCAGAGUCGUGCUAAGGAGCCAUUUGAGGGUGAAGGAAAAAUGAGAGGAACUACGUUUGCAUGCCAUUGUACACACAUUUAGACGCACACACAGAUAGACAAAGUGAUGACUCCAGCUGGAUUCUGUCGUAUCACCGUCUUUGUGUGUUUGUGUGCGACCAGCUCUUGAAAACACCUCCACAUGUUUCCGUCGUUCCUCUCCGAGCCGUAAACACGGACGCGCUCUGAGGCAUCUGGCCUCCGUUUUUGACAGCGUCAGCCGCCGCGCGUUUAUUGUGACUGAUGGCAGCGAAAAUAUCAUGAAACUCAAUAGGAAUUCUGCGGUGUGUCUAUAUUUGUUUAAGUGUGUGUGUGUGUGUGUGUGUGUGUGUGCCCGCUGGACUCGCUGCCGUACACUGACACACAUCGUUUUUUUUUUUUUUUGUCCACUCGGCACUUCUGCCUCUCCAGGAAUUUCUCCUUCUUGCUUCCAAAAUUGUUGGAACGUUUUUAGGAUUCCUCCUUUAGGUGACUCAGUGUGUGUGUGUGUGUGUGUGUGUGUGUGUGUGUGUGUGUGUGUGUGUGAGAGUGUGUGUGAAGGUUGAAUUCCAGUCACAGAUAAUUUGCUGAUUUGGUUGGAAUGUGUUUGUUACCCACACUGUGCUGGAAAAAAAGUCAGAUUCCUCUUCGUCGUCCUGCAGCGAGAGAGAGAGAGAGAGAGAGAGAGAGAGAGAGAGAGAGAGAGGGAUGGCUUUAGUUUCAGCGGAUUAUCUCGGCUGUUUGACCUCCUCUGACUCUCUGCUGUCAGGUCUGACACCUUCAGAUACUCAGUGAUUUUUCUUAUUUGGUCCUUCAUUCAUCUGGAUCUUCGUCAGGUUUGUCUCGAGCUUGGAUUUUGCCCUGUGAACUCGAGUUAUAGUCCAUAGUUAUGAGUCCUUGAGUGGUCACUAGUUCCACUUCCUGCCAGGAUCCUUUCCUACAGGUCUUCCCUUACUUUCUGUCCCUUUGUUUCCUGCCUUUCUUAAAGGGAAAUUCCGGCAUACAACUAAUUUAGGGUCAAACACAUCGUAACACCGAGUUAGACACCCUCUCCAGAGAUGAAUGUUGCCGACCGCUUGCUUCUCUAGUUAUACCAACUUUAGUAACGACCGCAGGAUAGAAAUACACAGCGGUCUGAGGAGCCAUAAACAAACCUGCCAGUCCAUUACGGACUACAGCGGAGUUUCGCAGCUCAAGGAAGAACAUUUAUGAUCAUUUCUUUAUGGAAAUACAAUCAGACCGAGACACUAAGACAGAAGAACUACCGCGUCUGCAGUGAAAAAUGAUUAAUAUGAUGAUUAUUACUUUAAGGAAAUGAUAAAGAAAUUAUCAUAAAUGUUCUUCCUUGAGCUGCGAAACUCCGCUGUAGUCCGUAACGGACUGGCCUGAGAAGUAAGGUGCUGUUCUGAGCAUUAUUUGUGGCUAUAAAGUGGCAUUUUGGAUGAGUGCGUGGCUCUCUGUAUUGCUAUCAUGCGGUCGUUGGUAUAACUAGAGAAGCAAGCGGUCGUCACCGUUCAUCUCUUGAGCGUGUGUCUAACUCUGUGUUUGACCCAAGUUAAUUUUACGCCGGAAUAUCCCUUUAAAGGAGACAAGAAACUCCCACAAACAGAGCUAACACCCAACAAAGUCAGGACGGGAUCAAUGAGUCCGUCUAACGCUAGCAAAGCCAGCACCACCACCCGUCAGCCUCGCCCUUAGAUUGAAAACCUUGUUUCUGUUCUGGUUGUGCGUCGCCAUGGUGAAGUUGUUGCCCAUGAAUCCGUCUGUCAGCUGUGAUGUUAAAUGGAGCUGCUCUGGUUUGCGGGCACGGCUCUAUUCCUGUACGUCUACCGCGGUUCGUCUCCUGUUUGUGUUUGUAACCUCCCGUUGAACAACAUCUGCUCUCACACAGAGAGGCCUCAUCGCCGCUGCCAUUAAAAACCUCACCAGACUUCCAAAACAGUCCUGCGGGCUUUUCCACCAGAGAUCGCCCACAUUUCAAACAUAAUAGUAUGUCAGAGAUUCUGUAAGUGGGUCCGAUUAGCGCCAUCAAACGUGUGUUUAUACAGUAAAUUUGAGCUCAUUCAGACUUAACAGUCCGUUGGCUCGCUGCACGCCUGGUUGGCUGAGCCGAGGUGGUGAUUUUAUAACUUUUGAAAGUCUGUUGAGGGAUGAGGGUGGGCGAAUCGACUUAAUACUGCAGGUUUAUCAGGGUAGAUCACAAAAGGUCAUAAAACCGUAUUUGUUUUAUCGAUUUCUGGACUCCGCCGGUGUUCGUCCAGCUUUAGAUGAUAGUUGUUUCCACAAAAAGAGGAACCUGGAGCCUCAUUUUUUCCAGAUUCGUUGUGUAAUAGACCCGCUGCUUCAAACAGGUUUGGAAAAGCUCCCAGGAAAUGACUCCGUCAGGCAGACAGCUCGAAUGGUCACGACUUAAUCCUCAGUGGCAGCUCACCUGAUCACGUUACAUCCGUUAAAUGAGCUUAAUUUUGUCCCUGAAGGUUCAGUGUCCUCACGAGGGUCCGACAAGGACAGGAUGUAGAUCCAUAUGUGGACGACUCAAGAAUAAACUCUCAUCAUUUCUGUUUAUUUCAAAGUUAUUUUACUUUACAGAUUUCAGGAGUCUUUGAAAGUGCAUUUACGCACUUAUUAAGGAGUUUUGAAAAAUAAAGAUUACAAGAACAAUAUUUUACAAGAAUUAAGUUUUGAAUUAAAAAGAAAAGUCAGAGUCUUGACGAAAAAUUUUUUCACAGUAAUAGAGUCGUAAAUUUACAGUCAUAAAUUCUUAAAAAGACGAAUGUCAAAAUGUAACAAAUGAAAGCUGAAAAAAUUCUCUGAAGCAAAAACUUUUUAAGUAAAUCCAACUUUAAAUUGUAAAUUUAAAAAGAUUAUGUAAUUUACAAUGAAUAAAGUCAUAAUUUUGCAAGAUUGAAGCUAUAAAUUUACACAAAAAGUUGGUCACUUUAAAAUUCAAAAAAAUUUACAAAAUAAAGACAAAAGAUAUGCAAAAAUUCACAAAUAAUGAAGUCUGAAUAAUUAAGUUUUUACAAGAAAAUGUGGGAGUUGAAGAUGAAUUUGUAGUUUCAAGAUAAUUUUGUAAAUCAACACAAUUAUAUCUAAAAACUUUUGGUUUAUAUUUUUAUAAUGUAGGAGAAUAAAAUCAUAAAUCGACAUACAAAAGUUGUGAAUUUAAAGGAUCAGACAUACUUUUACAAGAUUAAAGUCCUCUGUUUACAAAACAGAAGUUCUAUAUAAACAGUUGUGAAGCUGUAAAUUUACACAAAAAAGGUGGUUACUUAUAAAAUUCACAAAAUUUACAAAAAUUUACAAAAUCGCAAAAAUAAAGAUAAAAUAUUUUACAAAAUUAAAGUCUGAUAAUUGAGUUUUUACAAGAAAAUCUUUGAGUUGAAGAUGAAAUUUGUAAAAAUUUUAAGGUAAUUUUGUAAAUCAACGAUUCAAUUUUUAACUUCCAGAAAAUUUUUUGGAUAAUACGUAAGAACAAAGUCAUAAAUCGACAUUAAAAAAUUAUGAAUUUUAAGGAUCAUUCAUACUUUUACAAGAUUAAAGUCCUCUGUUCACAAAACAGAAGUUUUAUAUAAAUGAUUGUGAAGCUGUAAAUUUAUAGUAACAAAGUCCCAAAUUAACAAGAUUAAAGUAAAAAAUCAUUAGACGAACAAACAAACUUUUUAAAAACUGUAAACUUGACUUUAGUUUGUUGAACCCGUCGUCUCUGCAGAGAGAUUGUUUUUGUUGAGCUGUCGGGCGUUCGUCGAUGAGCUGUAUUCGACCAUCUGCUCUGAAAACAAUCAUCUUCACUUCUGCGGCGUCGAACCGAAAAGGUCAAACGGUGUUUCUUGUUUCGGUCUUGGCCCAAUAAAAGCCUCUUUUUUUUUUGGUCUUUGUAUCAGACGUUAUUACAUCGGUUUAUUUUCCCUCUGAUUACUCCGCAGCUGUCUGGCAGAUGCCGGCCGAGGCGAUCCGUUCCCAAACUUUCUGUGCUAUAAUCGAUGAGGUCCAGGUUAGAAAACAGGGUAAUUAUUCUAAGUAUUAUCAGGAAAAUUAAGGUUUUGUCAGGCCCCUAAUAAGCCUGACAGCUCAGACAUGCUAAUGUGCUCAUUUGAAUUGGCUGACAUUUCCACUUUUCUAAACAGAGAGAUAUGCAGACGGAGAAAUGGACUUAAACUGUUUGUUCUGGCUUUCCGACGCAGCGCCUGUCUGUGAGAAAUGGAAGUAAUCACUUUUACAUACCCACCCACUCUCUGACCGUCUCUUUUUGUUUGUCUGCGUCUGUGCGCCCGCAGCUCCACGGAGGUCGACGACAUGAUCCGCAAGUCCACCAACCUGCUGCUGACCAGGACGCUCAGCAACUGUCUGCAGUACGCCAUCAAGAAGAAGAACGUGGGGCUGGCCGAGGUAUUUCAUCCGCAGAGUUAUAAAAGCUCUAAUGAUCUUUGCACACUUUGAGGGUGAUUCUCAACGGUUCCAACUCAUUCAUCAGGACGAACGCAGAAGUUUCCCCGUUUCAAUGUGAGGCUCGGUGGGGAUUCUCGAGUUUCCACCUCCCGGGCUGUUUGUUUUCACACUCAGACACAAGUUUGAAGACCAAACAUCAUUAAUUUAAGUGAACAGAGCAUGUGGUAGAGAUCCAAGAGAUCCCUGGCUUGUGUGCCGGUCCUCUAGGUAGUUCCUUCAAAAUGCUGAAAUAGCCCAUGUGACACCAUUGAUACAGUUUCUCAGGAGCUAUACCGUGUUUCUCUACGGGGUAAAAAGUGUUCAAAAGCUUAUCCUUUUGGCGAUCUAUCGAGGGUUUCCAGACAUUUCUACACCUGCCACAAGGUUUACAAUCCAGCCACGAAAACAGGUAUUUGAUCAGAGGGAUCAUAUGAAGGUCGUCCCUGAAAAAGUCGUUGUCUGGACGGCAGCAGAUGUUGCUCCUAAACCUGGAGAUAUUGUUGAAAUCUGAGGAUGCAGCAUCUAUGAUUUACAGUUCUUCAUUGGAAGGACAACUGGACUUACUAGGCGAAACGUCACAAGUCCAGUUGUCCUUUCCAAAAGAGUGUUAGAUCUAGAUUCAUCAGACCUCAGGACAGUUCACGGACUCACUUCGAACUCCGCUGGAUUGUCGGCAAUCCCAUGUGGCACCAUCAAUAUUGUUUAGUUUCUCAGGAACUAUAUCGCGUAUCUCUACGGGAUAAAAAGUGUUCAAAAGCUUACUCUUUUGGCGAUCUAUCGAGGGUUUCCAGAUGUUUCUACACCUGCCACAAGGUUUACAAUCCAGCCACAAAAACAGGUGUUUGAUCAGAGACGUUUGAUGGUACGUUUGAUGAUUAUUUAUCAGAUUGUUGUGAUACAAAAAAGAUCGCUAUAGCUAAAUUCCGCUAAUGUCUUCCGGGUUUGAAAAGCUGUUUUAGAUGACGACUUUUCUGUCAAACUUUCGACCAAUUAUAUGGUCUCAUAUUCUUCCUCUACUGUUCCCUUGACGGUAGUGUCCAAUAAGAGUCAAGAAAGUUCCCUGCUUGUCUGCAAAAUCAGAAAUAAUGGUCCUCAAUGUUUGGAAACAAGUAAAGAAGAGAUUCUGAGCAGUUUGAUAGUCAAAAACGCCUGGAAGAAUGAGUGUAAAUAUGUCAAUAGUUUCUGUUGUGUGUUUGUUCCAAUCCCAAUAUUUCUUCUCCUGAUAGACAAGACUUGAGAGAAUGAUGGUCAGGUGAGGAAAGGCUUGGUCACUGUAGAUUUAUGUGUUUUUGAGGAAAGUUCUGUUGGGAUCAAUGUCCGUUUUUGUUUCUUGGUUGACUUUGAUGGUUCUGAAUCUACUGUCACAUUCAUUUUUAAAGAAAGGAUCAAGUUUUUACAAAAAAAAACCCUCGGCGGACCAAAAAAAUCUAAAUAUAUCUGGGACUCCUCAGGGUUAAUGAAGUGUCCGUCUUGCGUAACUUCCCAAAGUGACUCAGUCUGUUGGUUUCCAGCUGGUUCAGGUGAUCAUAAACACCACCCACCUGGAGCAGAGCUGCCACUUCCUGGAGGAGUUCAUCUCGAACAUCACAAACGUCCCGCCUGACACCGUCAACGCCACCAAGCUGUACGGGACCUCCACCUUUAAGGUGAGCCGUAGACCAACUCUUCCCCUCUUUCUCUCUCUCUUCAUCUAAAAUGAAGGUUAAAGUUAAAACCCGUCUCUGGUCUCGUCGCAGGACGCCCGUCACUCAGCCGAGGCGGAGAUCUACACCAGCCUGAACGCAAAGAUCGACCAGUUCCUGCAGCUGGCUGAUUAUGAUUGGAUGGCGCAAGGAGGCGGGACUCAGGACACCAGCGACUACCUGAUCGAUCUGAUCGCCUUCCUGAGGAGCACCUUCAGCGUCUUCACCAACCUGCCUGUGAGUACGGGAUCAGAAAUCAACGCGACAGUAAAUAACCGUAAAAAUUUGGAAUGGAAGAAAAGUGUUUUUAUGUUUUUAAUCUGAUUUUGCAGCUUCACAUGCAAAUCAGCAGAAAUGAAGAGUUAAUUUUUAAAGUUUUAAGACAUCAGAUUGUUCGUUUUUCUACAGAUGACAGAAAAGAAAGAGUGGAGCGAGUAAAUCAGGACGUUUCUGGUGUAUAAAUUUACACGCUCACACACGCCUCUGUGCUCUGCUCUAAGUGUGUGAACUGUAUUCAUGUGUGUGUGUGUGUGUUAUAUAAGCCCCCUCAGCAGUCUCUCUGCAUGUUAGUGUGAGACAUCACAGGGCCGGACAAUCUGCUUUAGUCGGUUCGAGUUUGGGCUUGUUACGGGUUAGAUCGUUAACAUGGGGCCCGUUAAGCUCAUUAAAGGGUGAGCCGGUCAGGUCAGCAGCACCGGAUUAGACAGCGGCUCAGGCUAUUGACUCUACAGCCCGACUCUAAUGACAUUAUACAGAGCGCCAUGAUGGACCGUAUAGACGGGAGAAAUUAAUCGAAUCUCCUCGUGACGCCGUCUGACGGGGCGUUAGCAUUAAAACCGCCACCGUUUAAUCUGCUAUAAUAACCAGGAAUGAAGUAUAAUUAGUCUGCAUUAGCUCACUUUGCUAAUAUAUACAGGAUUACACACAUUAAAUACAACCUGUUAUUCUUAAAGUGGGAGAAAAUGCAAAUGUAGUCGGAAAGUGACGAUUUGAGCUAAAACUACGUUUUCAUUUCAGAGUCAGUUUAUCUACUGAAGUCAGAUUAAACCAGGACUUUGUAAAGAGUCAAAUCUGAACUAUUAUUAAACAAACUAAACCAUGAUAAUCAUUACUUUGAGAUUAAUCAAACUCAUUAAUCUGGUUUUGAGAUUAUCAUCGACAAAGGCUGACGGAUUAUAUCAGAGCUGCUGUUAAAAAAACGUCUCAUAUUUCUCCUUUUCUAAAUCUAUCGUGUCGUUAAAUAUGAUGUAUGAGACACUUUACGGUUUUAUAGUAACAUACUGUAAAAAUGGCACCAAAAGAGGCAGAAGCUUUUUCGCUCUGCUAAGCGUGCUAGAUAGAUGGCGUGGUGGUUGAAUAAAGUAGGGUGACCAUACAUCCUCUUUUACCCGGACAUGUCGUCUUUUUUGAGGGCUGUCCGGCUUUGUCCGGGGAAGUUUAUAAAACCGUUAAAAUGUCUGCAGUUUCGUACGUAAGUUUGUUUCACAUGGACAUGAAUAAGUUAGAAGUGUGUAAAAAACACUCGACCCGACUCAAAAAUUGGUCAAAAUCUAUCACCUGUGACUCCGUUACUCCGCCCCCGCGUAGAAUAUAAUGCCGUGACUUUUUAACACUCUUCCUCCUAAUCAGUUCAUUCUGUUAAAUAACGAAAAGUGACUGAAACUGUGGAGAGGGGUCGGUUUCAGAGUGCUACACAGUCGCAUGGAAACUGUACAUUGCUGAAUCGAUAGAAGUUUCACUUUCAAACAUGUUUUCCUGGUGAGGCCAACAAAGUAGAAGAGUUUAAGAUUGUGUGAUAAAUAUUCCAGAUUUACACGGUCAUCCAACAUUUGAAACAAAAGCUUUUUUAGCCACUCUAAAACUUUAAAUUAAAUUUUUUUUAAAGGUUUUGAAUCUCAAUGUUUACUUUUAAUUCAAGUUUAGUGCUUUAAUCCGUCAAAAUUUACCCUAACCCUAGAAUAUAGUGCCGUGACUUUUUAACGCUCUUCCUCCUCAUUAGUUCGUACUGUCAAAUUACAGUAAGCGACUGAAACUGUGGAGGGGGUUGAUUUGAGAGAGCUACACAGUCGCAUGGAAACCGCACAUUGCUGAAUCAAUAGAAGUUUCACUUUCAAACAUAUUUUUCCGGCAAGGCCAUCAAAAGUAGAAGAGUUUUAAGAUUGUGUGAUUAAUAUUCCAGAUUUUACGGUAAUCCAACAUUUCUAAAACUUUAAAUUAAGUUUUUAAAAGGUUUUAAAUCUCAAUGUUUAGGUUUAAUUUAAGUUUAGUGCUUUUAUCCGUCAAAAUUUACUGCGCCCGACUCUGUUACUCCGCCCCCGCGUAGUUGUGUCCUCUUUUUGGGGAUCCAGAUUAUGGUCACCCUAGAAUAUAGUGCUGUGACUUUUUAACGCUCUUCCUCCUCAUUAGUUCAUACUGUUAAAUAACGGUAAGCGACUGAAACUGUGGCGGGGGGUCGAUUUGAGAGAGCUACACAGUCACAUGGAAACCGCACAUUGCUUAAUCAAUAGAAGUUUCACUUUCAAACAUAUUUUUCCGGCAAGGCCAUCAAAAGUAGAAGAGUUUUAAGAUUGUGUGAUUAAUAUUCCAGAUUUUACGGUAAUCCAACAUUUCUAAAACUUUAAAUUAAGUUUUUAAAAGGUUUUAAAUCUCAAUGUUUAGGUUUAAUUUAAGUUUAGUGCUUUAAUCCGUCAAAAUUUACUACGCGCGACUCUGUUACUCCGCCCCUGCAUAGUUGUGUCCUGUUUUUGGGGAUCCAGAUUAUGGUCUCCCUAGAAUAUAGUGCUGUGAAUUUUUUAACGCUCUUCCUCCUAAUCAGUUUAUUCUGUUAAAUAACGGUAAGCGACUGAAACUGUGGUGGGGGGUCGAUUUGAGAGAGCUACACAGUCGCAUGGAAACCGCACAUUGCUGAACCAAUAGAAGUUUCACUUUCAAACUUUUUUAGCAGCUCUAAAACUUGAAAUAAAGUUUUUAAACUGCAAUAAGUCAAAGGUUUUAUGUUGAAUUGAAAGUCAGUGCUUUAAACAUCAAACUUAACAUCCCUAACAAUUAUCGUUAUUUAUUCGGCCGUUAGAUAAAUCUAAACUUCGAUAAAACCCGACCUGCGUUUUCGAAUCGUUUUUAUGCACACUGUCAGAAACACACAUGAUCCACGUUCCCACCCUUCAUAAGACGGGAUUAAGCUCACGGACAGGUCUCACACACACACACACACGCACACACACUCUCACACACACACAUAGAUUUGGUCAAAGCGGGUCACAAGGCCAGAAGGCCACACACACAAGGUGGUCGAGCUAAGUGUUUUCCAGCACUUCUAAGAGGCUUUUCUGACGCCCCCACGAGCCCCGGACAUGACCCCGUCACACACACUUUCACACACACAUCCAGAGAGCGGGGGCCUCUUAAGUAGAUCAGAUGCUAUGGAUCUAAAAAGCUGGGUGGUAUGACCCUCCGGAGAAAGACGGGGUCAUAAAAACGGUGAAAUUACACCGAUAGAAUAGAGAGGAGUCAAUAAAAGCGGGAUUAUUAGCUCUGAUCGAACCACAACUAUAGCGCAUUCGAUUCCUGUUACCAUAGAAACAAUUAACAUCAUUAGAGGAGAAGUUUAAGGUCAACAAAUUAAAUAUCAGUCCGACCGAGCUGAAGUGGAUGCUCCAGAAAACUCAAGAGAAGAUUUGAGGUUUCAGUUGUUGGACGGACGAGAAUAAAGUGAUUGUUUUAUAUUUUUACGACUGUCAAAAUCCGGGAUGUUAUGCAAGUAACAGUAAGCGCCCUGCACACACACACACACACUCACACACGCUCGCUUUGUUAUAUGAAGGCUCACCGUGACACAGCAGCAUUCUUGCAACAACACGGCGCGCUCUGUAAGUGUGUGUUUGUGCUUAUGCGGUUGUUUUAACAGCUCUCCAUGUUACUAGUUGGAAGCAGACGUGCACUUAGCGAGGCUCAGCUGGCUCGCGUUUCUUCAGACACACAUCGACCCAAAUCUCAGCAGAGAGGAAAAUGUUACUUUAUCCGCCGGCUAAUAAUACGGCUCGGAGUCCAGCGCGAGCUAAAUACUUCUAAUCGAAUUGAGCUCGCGUUUAAAGAUGGAUCAGGGAGUGAAAAUAAUCACGUACGUUUUGGACCCUCCUCCGACCGUAGUGCUUCAAUUUUACGCCUCAUAAGCUCUCUGAUCAGUUCUCCGAGGAGGUUUGGCGGCCGCUUCCCCCCCCGCUCGGCGAGUCCAGGACUUAGCGAGUUCUCCAUGGAGCUUGAGCUCGCUGCAACAAAUCGCCAGAUCAAGCCAGAUUAGCUUCAUCUCUCGGGCCUACGUGCAAUAAAUCCUCCUCGCCGAGGUGGAAAAAGUUUGGUUUCCACGUGGCCCGUCACUCUUUUUAUGUCCUCCACUGAUCAUGCAAAAGUUUGAGCUAAAUCUGCCGGUCUGUUCUUUACCGUAGGGAACGCCAGUAGAACAUGCAACCCUACCGGUGAGUAUCCUGGCUGUUUUUGAGUGAUGAUUGCCAACCAACCCCUGACUGACCCUGUUAACCCCUCAACUUUGACCCCUGAAACCUGACCGUAGAGUUGACCAACCAGCAUGUAGAGUGGAAUAGAAGUGAUGCACGUCUGCCUGAGUCUGUGUUGGUGAGAAAUCGUACCCAGACACCCCUCCUAAACCAGUUUGUUUGCAUAUUAGCAGGAUCACUGAAUUUAUUACCUUAACGAACACUUUCUGAGAAGGUCCUGGUCUCAAGGUUUACUGUCUCCACACACUAAGCGCGAGUGGAAUCAUUGCACGUUAAGUCAAUACAAGAUGCAAUAAGACGCUCCUACUACUCUAGUGGCGCAAUGAUGCGAGCUGGGUGGGAGCUGAAAAUGUCUCAACUUGAGCAGAUAUUCGCAAAGAUUGCUGGGUGACGUUUGGACAGUUGUGCACUGGUAUCUAAAAUGGAAGACAAACUGAUCGUGUCGGUGUGUGGGUUCCCCUAAAUUAUAUGAUACCUUUUCUUUUAACUACCAGAACCAGAAUAAAAAGGAACUGAAGUGGAGACAAGUGAGUGAGGAGGUCGGAUUAUCUGGUAAAUCGUUAAAAACCUUUGUCUAUCACUUGAUCCCGCCGGUUGAAUCGGCAGGGAUUACCGUUGAAAUUACUGUUGACGCGCGAAUAAAGCGAGUAAAUACUAUCCAUUCAUGCGUCUAGAUUCGCGCGAAUGAAGCGAGUAGAUGAUUGUACUUGUGGUUGGUGUGAGCACUCAGAGUUGUGAGCAUGGUGAGCUCGUCAUCGGUGAGUCAGAAUCAAGGUACCCUGACGGCACGAAGGUUGCCAGGUGACGUUUGAAAACGGACGGUUGUUUACUGGUGUCUAAAAUGGCGGACAAACUGAUCGUGUCGGUGUGUGGGUGCUUCGAAUUAUAUGAUACUUUUUCUUUCAAUAACCGAAACUGGAAUCAAAAGGAGCUCAUCUGGAGGUGAGUGAGAGAGGAGGUCGGAUUACCUGGUAAAUCGUUAAAAACCUUUGUCUAUCACUUGAUCCCGCCGGUUGAAUCAGCAGGGAUUACCUUUGAAAUUACUGUUGAUGCGCGAAUGAAGCGAGUAAAUACUAUCCAUUCACGCGUCUAGAUUCGCGCGAAUGAAGCGAGUAGAUGAUUGUACUUGUGGUUGGUGUGAGCACUCAGAGUUGUGAGCAUGGUGAGCUCAUCAUCGGUGAGUCAGAAUCAAGGUACCCUGACGGCACGAAGGUUGCCAGGUGACGUAUGAAAACAGACGGUUGUUUACUGGUAUCUCAAAUGAAGAAUAAACGGAUCAUGUCGGUUCCCCUGAAUUAUAUGAUACUUUUUCUUUUAAUUAUCAGAACCGGAAUAAAAAGGAGCUGAAGUGGAGACAAGUGAGUGAGGAGGUCGGAUUAUCUGGUAAAUCUUAAAAAAACCUUUGUCAAACUUGAUCCCGCCUUUUGAAUCGGUAGGGAUUACCUUUGAAAUUACUGUUGACGCGCGAAUGAAGUGAGUAAAUACUAUCCAUCCACGCGUCUAGAUUCGCGCGAAUUAAGCGAGUAGAUGAUUGUACUCGCACUUGGUGUGAACGCCCCAUUAGAGAUGUGAGCAUGGCGAGCUCGUCAUCGGUAAGUCAGAAUCAAGGUACCCUGACGGCAUGAAGGUUGCCAGGUGACGUAUGAAAACGGACGGUUGUUCACUGGUGUCUAAAAUGGAGGAUAAACGGAUCAUGUUGGUUACCUUGAAUUAUAUGACACCUUUUCUUUCAAUUACCGAAACUGGAAUAAAGGAGCUGGUCUUGAGACAAGCAAGUAAGGAGGUCGGAUUGUCUAGUAAAUCGUAAAAAACUUUGUCUAUCUACUGAUCCCAGCUGUUGAAUCGGCAGGGAUUACCUUUGAAAUUACCAUUGACGCGCGAAUGAAGCGAGUAAAUACCAUACAUUCACGUGUCUAGAUUCGCGCGAAUGAAGCGAAUGAUUUCAAUAGAGAUGACAUGAUUGGAGAAAGAUGACAAUUAGAGAUGUGAGCAUGGCGAGCUCGUCAUCGGUAAGUCAGAAUCAAGGUACCCUGACGGUAAAUUUCCUUUUUUGGUCUCAGAAAACCUUAACCCCGUUUCAAAACUUCACUCUCAGACAGUUUCCGUUAGGGCUGGGCGAUAUGGCCUUAAAUCAAUAUCACGAUAUAUUGAUCAGUUCAUCUUGAUAAUGAUAAAUGGAUAACUACUCUACCAGCUGCUCACCCCCUCCCACAUUAAAUUUGUCUACUUCAGCAGCUGUUGAUUAUUCUCAUAAAUUUCGUUAUCGGUAAAUUUUUGGUUUAUCGCCCAACUGUAAAUGUCUGUUUUUGGUCUGAACUGUUCUCAGACCCGUUUUAAAACUUCACUCUCAGACAGUUUCCGUUGUUUUUAACCCGCCAACACUCCGUCUCAGAAGUCCGUUACACAACCAAAACAAAGCCCGAUGAAAAAAAAUGGAUUUACCCGAGACCUAAAGGAAUUUCCAGCCCUGGUAUCUGUCUGUCUGAAUGUGGUUUCGGGUCCUUGAAGCGAGUCCCGCUCGCGCUGGCUCAUAACGUGCAUGUGUCAAGGUCGGGUUACGUCUGAAACCUGAAGUCCAGACUUCAUUUUUGCGGUGCGUCUUGAGUGACACGAACAAAUACCUGCCAUAACCUGGCAGUCCGCGGGCGUUCCACAGGACUGGGAUCUGGAUCUGGUCCCUCCGCUGGCGUUGAGAGUUGAAGUUCUGCAAACACAUGAGCAGAUAGAUUUUUCGAGUCAUUUUCCAAGUCGUUCGUCAGAAUAAACACCUGUAACCCGUCAGAUUCCUGCUCCCCCUCGGACCCUCUAUCACGGAUGAAGGAUUCAGCGUUUCUGUGUUGCACAUCAGCGUCGUAUUUUCACCGCCAUCCCACCUCUUGACUUUUGGCUGCUCCCGCCACGCCGUUCAUUUUGACUGACAGCUUUCUGGACUGGACGCCGAGCAUUUUAUACACCGUGUCGAACCCUUUCCAGGAGCCGUGAAUCAGGGCGUUAUGGCGUUCGCGGAGCGGUGACUUACUGAGUGGCUGCUCCUGGCAUCGCAGAAAACACGAGCUGGAUUCAGAGGGGACUGCCUCAAAACAAAGCGGCGUCCAAAAACGGGAGGCGGACGCAUAAAUCUGUUCCUGAGGUUCUGCUUGUUGGAACACAUUUGUCAACAGUCUUCGGGGUCGUCGGCGUCUUGAUUAAAUUUAGACCAAAUAUCAUGUCGAAAGACCCGAAUGUGGGAACAGACCCCGCGAAAUAUGCUAAACCAAUCAGUGUUUAUUUGACGGGUAUUGAGUACCUGAGCGGCCUCGGUCGCUCCGCCGCAGCAGCAGCGUUUGUAAAUAGCCUGUCAUUGUCGAUGUUGAAAGCUUGUACGGCUAAGCGGACGGGACUGUGUGUUUGACCACACACAGACGGACGGAUUUAGCCCGGAUCACAAUGUGUUUCACAACCAGACCACAUCCUUUCUCUUCUGGACCACAGACACACAUUUUUGUUCUUGUUGUUUUAAGUUUUUUAAGCCGGAUCGGAUCAGAACAAAAGUUUGUCAGGAUCAGUUUGGAGAGUCAAUAAAACUCCUAAUAAUUGGUUUGAUACUUUAAUAUUAAUAGAGGAUUAAUGACUGUGAAUGUUGGCAGAGGGAUAAUGAAAGGUUUUGGCAUCUUUUACUGUUUUUAGAUUUAGAGUCCAAGUUUAGUUUGAUAAAUUUACUGUUUUCUUUAUAAAAAUAAUCAAUAAGUAAAUAAUUAAAGAUCCAUCAAAAUACUUGAUUCUGAUUGGUCCAAACCUUUGAUAAAGGUGUCAACACAUCACGUCAGAUAAAACCAAUAAAAUCAAAGUAUUAUUGUGGUUUAAUUAAACUUAUUGAGUUUCAGACUGGUGGUGAAUUUCUGAUUAGUUUACAGGAAAGGAAAAAACAAAUAAGGUUAAAAGAAAAAAAACAUCAAUCAAAUUGAAGAAAACAACAAACGUUAACAUUUUAAGGCACGGACCUGAUUCAGGUUCAGGUGUUUUCACUGAGAAUGUCUCCUUCGUUAUCUCCUUAUCACCUUUCCUCCGUCCUUGCCUCAUGUCCUUAGCUCUCCUCUGGUUGCCUUGAUCUUUUGUAUCUUAGUUUUUGUUCCUUUUUUUUCUCAUCCUCGUCUUUAUUUUCAGUUUAUUUUCGUUUUUCUUUUUAUCUCUUUCUCACCUUUCCUUUCCUCCUCUCCUUUCCUUGUGUGGUCACCUGUCCUUUGGCUCCUUUACUUCCUCCGACUAAACUCCCUUUCUCUUUUCUUUCUGUAACAUUUUCUUUCCUUCUUCAUCUCUUUUUCUCUUUUCUUCAUUUUUUCUUCUCUUGUCUCCGUUCUCAUUUUUCCUUUUUCCUUCAACCUUUUCUUUCUUUGUCUUUCCUCACCUGUCAUCUCAUCACUCCUUUUUUCCAACUUCUCUUUGUUUCUCUUCCCUCUCUUCACCUUUUCCUCUUUUCUUUUCCAGUCUGCUCGUUUCUUUUCCUUUUCUUCACUCUUGACUUUUUCACUUGUUUCCUUUCCUUACAUUCUUCACAUACCUUCACCUGCUCUUUCCUCACCUUCACUCCUUUCCUUUAACCUUUCCUUCCACCUGUCAUUCCUCCUCCUCCUUCUUUCACCUUCUCUCACCUUUCCUUUACCUCCUUUUCCUCCCCUCUCUUCACCUUUUCUUCUUUUCUUUUCCUUUUCUUCACUCUUUGCUUUUUUACUUGUCCUUUCCUUUCCUUUCCUUUCCUUCUUCACCUCAAUUUUUCAUCUUUUCUUUCUCAGUUCUUAUUUCUCCUUUAACCUUUUCCAUCCUCACCUGUCAUCUUAUCACUCCUUGUUUUUCCAUCUUUUCUUUGUUUCUCCUUUCCCUCUUUUCUUUUCCUUUUCUUCACUCUUCACUUUUUCACUUGUCGUUUCCUUUCCUUACAUUCUUCACAUACCUUCACCUGCUCUUUCCUCACCUUCACUCCUUUCCUUUCCCUUCUUCUCAUCACCUUUCCUUUAACCUUUCCUUCCACCUGUCAUUCCUCCUCCUCUCCUUCUUUCACCUCUUCUCACCUUUCCUUUACCUCCUUUUUUCCUCCCCUCUCUUCCUCCCUCCUUCCUCCAGCCUAAUGGUUCCCAGUUGUCUGCGUUGAGCUCAGAGACGGACCUACCUGAGUGUGUGUGUGUGUGUGUGUGUGUGUGUGUGUGUGUGUGUGUGUGUGUGUGUGUGUACAUGUAAAUAGAAUUAACUCAUUUCACGCUCAAUCUCCCCCCUGAUCAGCGACCCCCCACAUUUACGAGUCGGUGUGUGUGUGUGUGUGCGUACUGGAGGAUUUCCGCUCUGCGUGUGUGUGUAGGUGUGUGUGUUUCACGAACAUGUGUGUGUGUGUGUGUUUCCACACGUGUGUGUAAUUUGAUUUGUCUCUGAGGUGAGCGCCGCCUCCUGAGUGAACCGCGCUGCAGACUCGUCCUGAAGGAGUCGGGGUCGAGUCCCGGCGUUCUAAAGACGUGAUUAAUGAAAGCGGCGAAGUUUGUGAGUCUGCGCUUCGUUAAAAUCAGCUGAUGAAGGCGCGUUUGUGCUGCUUUAACGUCACGUCGGCGUGCAUUUAAGAAGAACAUGCACUUCCUCUUCUUGAUUUUAUUUCACAGCGAAGGUCAAAAAUGAAAAAAUAAGCGACCUCUUUUUUCUUUUUGACCUUUUUUAACCUCAUUUUGACGUUUUUUUCUUGUCGUCUUUUCAUCUUUUUGCUUCAUUUUGUUGGAAUGCAGACGUCGAGGUCACGACCACUCACACACACAAACACACACACACACACACAUAUAUAUACUGACACACACUUAAUCACACCCACACAAACACAUGUUUUGGUUUUUGUAUUAAUGUGUUGUCAUGAACUUCCUCAUCCGCUGCUUUUAUUCUCGAGGAGCCACUUCAUCAUCCUGACUGCACCUGAACGCAACACACUGAUUAUGUGUAUAUAUAUAUAUAUGAGUGUGUGUGUGCGUGUGUGUGUGUGUGUGAGCGUGUGUUUGCAGCUGAAAUAAAACAUUAAACCAACAGCAUUAACACUCAGAACUUCACUGGAUCGUCGGUGAAAAGCGUUUUCAACGACACACGUUACGUUAGCGCAGAUGAAAGUUCAAACAAAGACGUUUAUCAAACUGUUAAAACUCACAAACCAUCGUCAGAUGAGAAAUCUGACACUAUGUCGUCCUUCAGGUCGUUAUCUUUGUAAUAUUUGUAUCUUUUAUCAAAAAUCACUCUGUUCUCUGACACGUAAACAAUCAGCUGGUCGGCCAUGUUGGAUAGUUGGUGAAUGUGACGUCGCAACAACGCGCAAUCUGAUUGGUCAGAAGUGGACACACAGUAUGUGAAACUUUAGAAAAUUCGACCGUGAUCCAAAAAAAAGAAAAAGCCGCUGAUGUGAACGCUUGUAUUGACAGGAUACGGGUUCGAAAAAAAUAUUGACGUCUGAAAUAAUCGCACGAAAAAAGACGCUCCCGAUAUGAAAGGACCUUAAGUCGGAGAACUUUUCAAAUGGCGGAACAUCUUCUCAGUGAAACUGAAUCUUAUUCUCCGCAUUUUAUUUCUGAAAAUAUCGGUGUAUAUAUCGGUGAAAAUUGGCGAGUUUUGGCCGAUUAUCGAUUAGUCUCAAACGGGCUAAAAUUGGCCGAUUUAAUCAGCUCGCCGAUAAAUUGGUCUCGCCGUAAUCUCUAUAAGAUAAAAAGUGUUGAAAAGUUGACCCUUUUGGCGAUCUAUCGAGGGUUUCCAGACAUUUCUACACCUGCCACAAGGUUUACAAUCCAGCCACAAAAACAGGUGUUUGAUCAGAGACGAUUGAUGGUAAAUCGGCAGUGAAAACUUGAUUAUUUAUCAGAUUGUCGUGAUAAAUAAAGAUCACUAUUGCUAAAUGCCGUUAAUGUCUUUCAGCUGUUUUGAUGACGUCUUUUUCUGUCAAACUUUCUACCAACUACAUGGUCUCAUAUUCUUCUUCGUGUCCAAUAAGAGUCAAGAAAGUUCCCUGUUUGUCUGUAAAAUCAGAAAUAAUGUUCCUCAAUGUUUGGAAACAAGCAGAGAAGAGAUUCUGAGCAGUAUGAUAGUAAAAAAACGCCUGGAAGAAUGAGUGUAAAUAUGUCAAUAGUUUCUGUUGUGUGUUUGUUCCAACCCCAAUAUUUCUUCUCCUGAUAGCCAAGACUUGAGAGAAUGAUGUUCAGGUGAGGAAAGGCUUGGUCACUGUAGAUUUAUGUGUUUUUAGAGCAAAGUUCUGUUGGGAUCGAUUCCCGUUUUUGUUUUUUGUUUGACUUUGAUGGUUCUGAAUCUACUGUCACAUUUAUUUUACAUCAUUUUUGCUCCAUAAACUGACAGAUGAGGUGGACCAAAAAUAGCAAAAUAUAUCUGGAAGUAAUAAGAAAUAAGAAAGACACACUCAGUCAGAGCGUCCGGUAGAUUUUGACUCCUCCCUCUCCGUCUCCCCGUUUCUCUGUUCCAGGGUAAAGUGGCGCAGACGGCGUGCAUGUCGGCCUGCAAACACAUCUCCACCUCUCUGAUGCAGCUGCUGCUGGACCCGGAGGUCCGACAGAUCUCCAUGGGAGCGCUGCAGCAGCUCUACACCGACGUCAAGGAGUGUGAGAGUGAGUGAGGAGGAGAGAACACACAAACACUCAUGAUCUUUAUUUCGGGUUUAAACUUUAUUUUUAAUUUAAACAUUUACGACACGAUAAAAUAUCCUCAUUUCAAACAUUUAAACAACUUUAAUAAGAGAGAAAAAUCCAAAUAUCUGAGAGUCUGAGCGAGUUUUUAGGAUUUCAAAUGAAGCAGAUCUUGUUCACUGUGAACAUGAAUUGUGUCAUUACUGCAGUUCUCAUUGAAAAGCGUAGGGGGCGCUAUGGAUCAGCUGAUCAAACAGUCAUUCAGGAGCCGAUCUUUGAUCUCAGCGCCGUGAAACUCUCAACAUGUCACUUUUUCCCCUUCAGCUCGCUCCGAGACUUCCCUCCUCUCCUUACUCUCCUCCCUCCUUCCCUCCUUCCCUCCUUUCCUCCCUCCAUCAUGUCAUCCUCCCUCUGUUUCUCCUCCUCCUCUUGUUUUUGAAAAGAGGGGGAGGAGUGAAAAUCUGCGCGGCGUCUUCGGCUUCAUUUUUUACACGAUCAAAGUUCUCGGAGUCACACCGCGGCGCGCAGAGAGUGUGUGUGUGUGUGUGUUUGCGCAUGUGUUUGUGUGUGACGUGAUGCGCAGUGACAUGCGUGCAGAGCUGCAGAGGGGUUAGGAGGUGACAGAGUUACAUAUUCAGAGAGGAUGGAGGGAAGAAAAGAGAAUUUAGAGGAGAAAGACAAAAAAAUAAAGAGACUCUUUUGUUCUCAGACGACGUGAUGAAAAUAUUUACCGUUCAGAUUCUGCGAUUCUCCGUGUUCACAGACGACGAGAUGUGCUUGAAGACCUCUGAGACAGGAUUUUUUUUCCAAAUCAUGUCACAAAAAAAAAAAAAAAAAAAGAAAACCGUAUUUUUCGCACUUUAAGGCGCAUUUAAAAUCCCUUUUGUCUUGUCGGUGCGCUGCAGCUACCGUAGCCUCGCAGAGUUUUUGAAUGAGUUACAUAAAGUUUGACUUAUCUAAAUGCGCUUUAUAAUCAGGUGCUCCUUAUAGUGCGAAAAAUACAGUAGUUGGUUAGAUCUGAAUAUGAGCGGUAGAGGACAGCAUUACGCUGGAUAGAAGAAGAAGCGUAAGAAGAAAAAGACGCAUCAGCGAGCGGCGAAUUUGAAACGAUGGACGGCAGGUACAUCGAUCCAGGAGAAGAAACGGUGAUAUUAGAAGCUGGACUUGGGCGGAAAAGAGGCUGGGAAAGAUGGAAAGCCUCACGGUAGCUGCUGCUGAAAACUGAAAGAGUCAGGUGUUUGUUUUUGUGUGUCGUGUGUCGGAGAGUUUAUAGAUGGCAGCAGUAGGGAAAAGUUCGGUAAAGUUGGAAAGAUAUUCACAGAUACCAAAUUUAGGGAUCAAUAACUCUGAGACGAAACGUUUUCUAAACACAAAUGAUGCCUCUUUUAUGUCGUAACAGAACAGACUACGAGCUACAAGAAUCAAAACAAGCCGUUCUUCGAGCUGGAGGAAUAAUACCGAUCUCUACGUGCAGGGACCGUCUGCAAAUUACGAUACAAAAGCAAAACGUUGCAAACAAAAAUCAAUAUCUCCACUGUUAUAAAGUACAGAGUCUCCAAAAUCACCGAACACACCAAGAGACUCUUCAAACUACAACAGCUGUUUUAGGAAAAUGUGCCUUUUUAUAAUUUUAUUGUUAUGAAUCAUUAAUAUCUUCCAAUAUUAAUCAAUAGCUCCACUGUCAUAUACAGGAAGUGCUCGCUGAUCAGUUUUUUACCUUUUAGUCUACGUUCACACUGCAGGUCAAUUCUGAUUUUUUAACCACAUGUGACUCAUAUCUGAUUUUUUCAUUUAAGUGUGAACACGUCAAUUCUGAUUGGUUCUGAUCCGACCCAGGCCUCUUUUGUUUGUGGAUAUAAAUCAGAUAUGUAUCCGAUGUGACUGCAGUGUGGACGCUCAGGUCGCGUUCAUCCGAUCUAUACGUGGACGUGUUCCGUUCACAUUAGAUACCACAUUCGUUGUUGAAAUGUGAACGAUCGCACAAAAAGAUCGGAUUUAACAAAAAAUCCGAAUUGUGCAUCAGAACCUGCAGUGUGAACUUAGCCUUAGACGCAGCUAACAUCACUGACUGCAUCUUUAAUUCAUCGGUUUAUUUUUUUAUUGUUUUAUUUAAUUUGAUCAGUUUUUGGUUUCAAGUCUUUUUGACACGUUUAUGUUUCUGAUUUCUUCAUUUCUUCCAUAAAUCGAUCUCUAAUAUCUCGUUAUCGUCUUCUACCUGUUAUGUUUUUACACCAACAUAGUUUAGUUUAUUUUUUAUAUUCAGUUUUUGUUUUUCUCACAUUUCUCUUUUAUUUUCUUUCCUUCUUUUCCUUUAAGAAACUUUGUAAUCUUGAAGGUAUAGAAAAUCAAAGUUAGACGAUAAAUGGAAACAGAAAGGAAAAAAGGCUCAUCUGAAUAAAUAAAAAAAAAAUGAAAAAUGACCAAAAAAAGUGACGGAGAAAAGCCGAUAAAGGAGGAAAAACGAAGCGAGACACAGGACACAUAAAACGUGAAGGAAAGAAAGAGAUCUGAGACGGGAUUAGAUUUAAAAAAAGAGGUUUUAUAGAAGAAGGAGGAGAAUGGGAUGAAAGCGAUCGAGGAACAAGAGAGCAGAAAAAAUGGGAUUAAACGAAAGAGGAGAGAAAUAAAAAAAAGAGGGAAUGGGAAAGAAGAAAGAGGGCAGAGAGGACGAGAUUAAAGAGAAAUCAGCGGUGAGGCUAAAGGAGGACGAGAGAGGAAGAGGAGGAGGAGGAGAGGAAGACUGAGAGAGGAGAGGAAGAAAGGUGGAGAGGAGUUAAAAACAGUUUAGAAAUAAAAGAUCAUGUCAGGGAUCAGAAAUCGGGAGCGUUCGGAUUCAUGUCGGACAUUUUAUUUUAAAGUCGGAGGAAAAUACACGUCCGAGAACUUGAGGAGGAAACGUGACGAUAGUUUCUGACGUUUGUGUCGAGUCUGAACUCGGCGUCUCGUUUGAAAUCAGCUGCUCUGAGAUUUUAACACAUUUGUGUUUAUCUGAAAACUGUAGAAGAAGAAGAAAUGUUCAUUAUUAUUAUCAUUUUUAUUAUUAUUAUUAUUAUUAUUAUUAUUGUUAUUAUCCUAUCUAUCUUCUUUGGUGUUCCACCUUUCUUACAAUCGAGCAUGUCAGUCCAAAGAGCUUUACAUGAAAAAAAGAUUUGAUUGAAUAAUAAAGAAAUAAAACAAGAAAAAAACAAGAAAAUUCAACAAAGUCAAUGCACCUGAAAUGUUAAGAAAUUAAAUAAAAGAAAGUUAAAUGAGUGAAAAGUUCAAAAGGUUGAAAUAAGCCCUAACCCUUCAAAAUAAAAGACAAGUCUUUAAAUCAAGAAAGAGAGAAGGAGAGGUUUCUGCUCCGAUCUCUGAAGAAAGAAAUUAAGAGGAAACAAACGAAAAGUAAAAACAUGUAAAAAUAUAAAAAUCUGAGAAUAAAUAUUCAAAACAUGCAGAAAAAUUAAAAUAUCAAGUUUUUCAGUUAAUUCAGUGGCGCCGACAUAAAUCUGCAGAAAUAUUUGAUGUUUUUUAUAUUUCGAUAAAACAAAAAACAAAUAUUUAAAAAGUAAAUAUUUCUACAAUUGAAGAAAUUUAAAUAAAACUUCAAAGUUUCUUAUAAUCAGAAUAAUUUCUUAUUUUAUAGAAAAGUGAACAGAGCUCGCUGCGUUUGCAGAUUUCUCUUUUUGCUUUCAAUAUAAAUCUUAAAUUAGCCGCUUAUUUCAACUUCUGACGUGAUUUCAACUUCGACUCAGUAAAACAUAUUUUUGAUUAAACGACAAACAAAUACAGAGAACUGAUUUCUUUGUCUUAUUUCUUUAUAAAAUCGUCUCAUGAGGUUUAAGUCAAUUUCACCAAAAAAUUCUGAAAAAUGUUUCAUUUAAAAAAAUUACAGUAAAAUAAGAUUUGAAUCACGCUAUAAAUAAAUAAAAAAAGCGAGAUUUAAUGAUUUCUUUUUUCCAGUAGCAGAUUUUCUGACUGAUACUGAGUAAUUUAGCUUUUAUUUGUCGAGUGUGUAGUAUCUUUAAAUUCAGCAUUUUUCUGGAUUUUAACUUAAAUGAAGCCUCACCAGACUUUUAAAGGAAAUAAACAACAACAAAAACUCCAAUAAACAAAAUUUCCACUAAUAAGUGCACUUUUCAAUCAGAAGGAAGUGUUUUUUUUUUCUUUUUUUUUCUUUUACAAUACAGAAAAAAUUUAAUACAAACAGACAAACUCAACAGUUUCCCAUAUUUGAUUUAUUAAAGUGAGUUUAAAACAAGGUUAAGCAACUAGAUAAACGACAAUUAUCACACUUUUAGUAAUUGGUCCAAUCAGAAAAUCUGAAUAUUGGUCAGUCUGAGGAGAGUUUUUGUCUUUAAUUUUGGUCAAAACUGAUAAAAUAUUUUUCUCAUAUUUGAAAUUGUGUUAAAACUGAGUCUGGAAAAAAAAAAUGAUGUGAGACGGUGAAAAUCUGGUUCCUCCUCAGCAGGAGAUCAGAGACAUCACAGCGCCACUUGGAUUUGUUCCCAAUUAUUCACCCAUUUUAUGUCUCAAAAAACAUAAAAAAAGGACAAAAAAUUUGGGAUUUUAUUUUUUUUAUUAAAUAAAAAAAAAACUCACUGACAUAAAAGCUGAACGAGCAAGAAGACGAUUAAAAACGAGAUAAAAUCCCGAUAAAAAGAUGAGAAAAAGACGGUCAAUGGUGGAUAUAUUUGAACCUGACUCUCUAAGACUACUAAUCGCCACACCAACAGUCCUAACCAAACCCCAGUCACUUUUCUGCCAAAUCCCCUCCCACCUUCGACACAUCAAAAAGGUCUCACAAGGAUAGAACAAGAAAAGAUUUUAGAGUUUUUUCUGGGCGUGAAUGUCAAAGAAGUUUCCAGAAAUGAGCGAGAGUCUCAGACGGAGGGAAGAGGAGCGAGGAAGAGCGAGGAAGACGGUUGGAAGAGGAGGGAGAGAGCGAGGUGAAAGUUAGCAGGUAUCAUAAGGAGGUUUGGUGAGCUGGAACCAGAUUAAAGGUUAGCCCAGCCGAUGUGAGUGUGAGUGUGUGUUUCACGGGGGUCACUGAAGAUGGCAGGCGUGUAAUCCGUGCUGUGGUGUGUGAUGGCCUUGUGUUACUGUGUGUGUGUGUGUGUGUUAUAUGUGUGUGUGUGUGUGUGUGUGUGUGUACACGUCCCGAGGUGAAAGAGAUUAGCCACAGGCCUGCUCCUGCUCCCUCGCUCCGCGGCACUCCUCUUUUCUCUUGUUCCCUCGCUCGCUCCGAAUACCAGUCGGCUUGUUUACGGGGGCCAACUGACGCCAAGACCCCAGCUCACACUCCGUACGACCCCGACACACAAACACAAACACACACACACACACACACACACACACACAAACGGAAUGACACACCACACCAACAGGCAUCACCUUGAGUUCAAAAUCCAACAAUCCUGGACUGUCCCGAAACAUUCGGCGAGGGCGCUGAAUACAGGAUAAACAAACACACUCACACACACACACACACACACACACACACACACACAGAUUCUGUCCAAGCCUACAUUUAAAGGCACGACAAAAACCUCUGCUUUGACACCCUCAAACACACAACCGCACACACACACACCCUCUUUUUCUUCCCCAACAAGACCCAGCGACAUGACUCUGACACCCUGCACCCCCACCCACCCCCUCACCCUCGCCCCCCCCCUCCCCAGGCUGUCAUUUGUCUGCCAAUCUAUCCCGAUGCAUAGCGAAUCCGACCAGGUCUUUUAUUAUUCCGUUUUUCACCCUCUUUUUCUCGCCUCCUCCUCCUCCCCUCUUCCCUCUCUCCGGGGGAGGACCGAGGGGGGGGCGGGUUUGUAUUUUCCCACAGGUUUUGCCAGAGCCGGCCCGGUCGCAGGCUUCCAGGGUGACACGUUGCUUCUGGCCUUCAGUGACUUGAGACAAGUAGGUCUUUGUCUCCCUCGUGGUCCUCUCUCCUUCGUUUUCUCUUUCUCUGUGUGUUUUUUUUUUUUCUCCUCUCGCUCCACUAUCUUUUUUCUUCCUCCUCCUCCUCCUCCUCCCCCCUUCGUCCUUUUCAUCCUCACUUGCAUCCUCCCCCCUGUCCUCCUCGUCUUCCUCCUUCAUUUGCUUUUCUGAUUUUCUGUUUGUUUUGUACUUCUAAAUUCUUUUAUCCCUCCUCUCUGUCGCCGUCCUCGUCAGGAAAUUUGCUAAUUUAUUUCAAGGAGAUUUCACUUGAGAGUUCAGAAGCUUCAAUCAAAGGUUGAAGGUGAGAAAGAGACUUCAUUAAGAGUGAAAUACACCAAUUUAUGCGUGAUAUAUGGGGGGUUUUGCAGCUCCUUAUCUGCUAAAGUGAUUCCCAAAACUCCAAAGUGAACUCAUUUAUUCCACUUUUCCUUCAUUCAGUAAAAGUUUGCAAGUAGCAUCAUUCAAACCUGACAUUUUCUGACUUUAUCACCGGUAACCUGUGGAGUGCUCAGCCUCUUUAUAACAAAGAAAAAAAAAAAAAAGUUCCGGUUCAUGUUUAAUAAACUUUUUUUCCCCCUGAUUUCUUCACGGACAUUUACCUGCUCAAUUUUUAAUGCUAGACCCCAAAAAACGUUCAUUUUAACUAAACUUUUAUCUUUUUUAUCACUUUUUAUCACUUCAUUUGACUUCAUCUGCACAAACUCGACACAGCUCAGUAUCUUUGAAAGUAUUUCUCAAAACUCGGAUGAAAAACCUCCAACGUGAACUCAUUUAUUCCUCCUUUCCUUCAUUCAGUAAAAGUCUAUAAGUAGCUUCAAUCAAACCUGACAUUUUCUGACAUUUAUUACUAUUAAAAUUUAGAACACUCACCUUCUUUUACACAUAUAGGAAAUAAUUUAGAAAAAGUUUUCAGUUCAUGUUUAACAAACUUUUUCUUUGCCCUGAUUUCUUCAUGGACAUUUACCUGUUCGAAUGAUCAAAUCUAGACACAAAAAAGUUCAUUUUUUACCUAAUCAAACCAUUUUUUGUGAUGUUUUUCUGCACCAUCAGUCAGUGUGCAAACUUAAAAUUGAAGUAAAAAUAAAAAGUGUUUUAUCAGAAAGAGUUCAGUCACUUUUAAUCAUCUGCUUCAAUCAAACCUGACAUUUUCUGACAUUUAUCACUCUUAACCUCAGAGCGCUCAGCCUCUUUUUAACAGAAAAAAAAAAAACAGAAAAAGUUCUCAGUUCACGUUUAACAAACUUUUUCUUUCCUCUGACUUUUUCACGGACAUUUACCUGCUCAAAUUAUCAAUACUAAACACAAAAUAAGUUCAUUUUUGUGACGUUUUUCUUGAUUGUCAGCAAGUUUUAAGUCUGGAAAUUACAGAAAACAUUUUAAAAAGUGUAAAAAAAAGAACGUAAACAUAAAAAAGUGUUUUAUUAGAAAUAGUUCAAUCACUUUUUAUCACUUUUCUAUCUUUUCAUAUGACUUGGAUACAGCUCAGUACCUGCUUCUCCUUUCCUUUAUUCAGAUCAAAUUUGCAUGUAGCAUCAAUUAAACCUGACAUUUUCUGACAUUUAUCUCUUUCAUACAUCAGAACGCUCACCUUCUUUUACACACAGAGAAAAUAGCUUAGAAAAAGUUCCCAGUUCAUGUUUAACAAACUUUUUCUUUGCUCUGAUUUCUUCAUGGACAUUUACCUGCUCGAAUGAUCAAAUCUAGACCCCAAAAAAGUUCAUUUCUGUGUUGUUUUUCUGCACCAUCAGUCAGUUUAAAGUCUUAAAAUUAAAGAAAACUUUUUUAAAAAGUCUAAAAAAAGGAACAUAAACCAUAAAAAAAGUUAAAAGUGUUUUAUCAGAAAUAGUUUAAUCACUUUUUAUCAUUUCAUUCGACUUCAUCUGGACAAACCACACAGAAUAUUUCAGUUUUGUCCUGAGGAUGUAAAACGUCUGAUUUUCGCGGGCCGCCGCGGGUCCUCGGACCUGACGUUGAGCCCCAGUAGAGAGCAGGAAGCGGGCCCGGCUGUGUGCUGGAGCGUCUUGUUUUCGGGGUCCUGGGAAAACCGGAGCAGAACCAGUCGGAGGAGGGACAGAACUGGACGGGUCCGCUGUGUGAGCAGGAUGUGGAGCGGGGAGUGUGUGUGUGUUUGUGCGCGUGUGUGUGUCUGUUCGUGUGUGUGUGUGUGUGUGUGUUGUAGUUUAUUUCAACUUUGCUAAUAAAGUGUUUGACGUCGUCGCUUUUGAGUGUGUGUGUGUGUGUGUGUGAAACAGGGCGGAGAGUUGUGUGCACGUCUUUGAUGUGUGUGUGUUUGUGGUAGUUGUUGUUGUCGAGUGUGUGAAAGUGUGUGUUUGUGUGUGUGUAUAUUCAGUGUGUGUGUGUGUGUGUGUGACAGCGGAUGACGGAUGGGCCGGCAGGACGGAGCAGGGAGGAUGAAUGAGGUGACAGACAGAGACGGAUAGCCCUUUAUCCCUCCGUCACAAUCCCUCUUUCUCUCCUCCUCUCUUCUCUUUCUGCGCCUGUCGGGAUGAUGCAGUGCCUCUUGUUCUCUCGCUCCAAGGAGGAGGAGGAGGAGGAGAAGGAAAGAAAGGGGGGAAGAUGUGGAGAAGGAGAAAAGAAAAAAUUGCAUUCAUCCGGCAUCGAUGUUUACUCCGCCGCCCCCUCCUCAGCGUCCCCUUCUUCUUCUUCUUCUUCUUCCUCCUCCUCUUCCAAUCAGACUCCAUCCCUCCUUUUCGACUCAUUCAGCUCCUCUCUUUCUUCUCCUCCAUUGUUUUUCCGCCGUUCUUAUCAUAUCAAAAGAAAUUCCUGCGCCCUCGGACGCUUUCAUACGUGUCUUCGGCGUGUAAACAUCUGUCCUGAUCGGAGCGCAUCUUUUUGUCUUCCCGAGGGCGCGUUUUCUUUCAGGUGGAGUUUUCAUACGUGCUUUUUGGACCGCCGCCGCCACCGCCGUCUUUGUGUGUGCGUGUGAUUGACCUGGUGGCUGAAUGGCCGAUAAAUCACGCUGACGGGGCCGUUUGUUUGGCGGUCGGGUCCCGGUGUUCUGGAAGGUUCCGGGGUCCUGGGACAGGGCCGAGACAGGAGUUCCCCGAGGACACACACGGAGAUGAAACCGUGAUGAGUUUGUAAAAACAGACUUAAUGUUUAAAAACGGUCGUGUUGAGCUCAUGCGGCGAGUUCCACGACAGAGUCGGCUCAUCUGUGUCAAUCUAGAGUCUCCAAGGGGCCGCAUUUAUCAACCGUGUGGACGUACAGAUGUGUGCGUAAUGACACGUACGAACAUUUCCACGCAAUGUUUGGAAUUUAUCGACCUAUACUUGUGCGAAGGAACGUGAGUAAAUUUAAGAACAACUCUGACCAUUGCUUCCAUAGAAACCCUAGUGGUAGGACAGUGAAACUACAACGAGAACCCAUUAAAGGAGUCACAGCGUUCAGUGAUCUCAAACUCCACACAUGUUCCCCGUUGCCUCUGUACAAAAUUAAUCGAUUGGUUAUUGAUCAGACAUUUUGAAUGAUUGGCGUGACGAGCUAUAAAAUCAGCUGUGACAGGACAACCUUAGAAGAAGUCUUACAAGAACCUUUUCUACGCACGGUUGAUAAAUGCGGCCCCUGGUCUCUCCUGGUCCUGGUCCUGGUCUCUGUGUCGCUCUCCCCUCCUCCUCCUCAGAUCCGAUCAAUCCUCCUAUAUUUAGAUCAUCCAGAAGGCUGCGGUUACCUCCAACCUUUGGCUGCCCUCCUGUCUUCUUGUGUGUUUACAUGUGUGUGUGUGUGUUUAUGUGUGUGUGUGUGUGUGUGUGUGUUGCGGUGUGGCGUCCCCCCAGAAAAAAGCUUGCAACAUUUAAGUUCCACUCAUCCCCUCCUCGGCUCCUUCCUACGCCGGUCGUUCAUUCUUCUACCUUCGGAUUUGUGAGUGUGUGUCUGUUUGUGUGUAAGUGUGUGUUUUGUUGUGUGUGUCUUUGUCACUUUUGUCGUCAAGUUUUACUUUCUUCAUGUUGAACUUUUCUUUAAACUUUAGUUUUCUUUUUGUCUUCCCUUCACACAAAUAUUUCUCGUCUCCUUUCCUCUGAUUCAUUUUCUUUCCUUCUCCUCUUUUUCUUCUCCUAUCUCCUUAUUUCCUUGGCAGUCAUUUUCUUUUCCCUUGCUCUUCUCUCCUUGUCCUUUCCUUGUCCUCUCCUCUUACUUCCUUUCCUCUCCUUUUUUAUCAUAUUUUCUUUUCCCAUUCCUUCCUUUCCUUUCCUAUUUUGUCUUUUCUCCUUGUCUCCUUUCUUUUUAUCCUCUCCUCCUCUCUUUUGUCCUCAUUUCAAUCUAACCAUCCUUAUUUCCUUCACUUGUCCCUUCUUCUCCUUUCCUCUCUGUUCACCUCCUUUUUAACUCUCCUCUCAUCCUCCUCUCCUCAUUUACUCCUUCCUUUCUCUCAUCUCCUUUCCUCAUUUCUAUCCUCUAGUUGCUUUCCUUCUCGUCUCCUUUCCUCUCACCUUCCUCCUCCUCCUCCUCGUCUGCACUGUCACUCUUUUUCUCCUCCUUCCCUUCUUCUCCUUCUCCUCUCUCCUCCGUCAUACUUUCUGUGUUUUCGCUCUUCGCCACUUUUCUAUCAUCUGUCCGUCUGAAUCUGGCGUUGCUCCGUCUCUUCGCCAGUCUGUCAUUUUACCUGCCAAUCACGGACUCCUCUGACCUAAAGUGACUGGAUGUAACCACACACACACACACACACAUACACACACACACACACAGAGUAGUGUCUGUCGUUGGUUUGUGUCCCAACCAUUACCUCACGAGGCUUCCCUCGCCGCAGCAAAUUGACCGGCGCAACAAGUGCUGAUUAUCCAGUUUGUGUGUGUGUGUGUGUGUGUGUGUACUAGACUAAAGGACGAGAUGAGGCCCUUACCUCCAUCUCACCUCCUUAUAACCUGGUCUGUUGAGUCCAGGAGGAAACGGCGCUCCCCUCCUCUUAGUAAAGUGACGGUGGCCUUUGAGGACAAAAACCUCAGAACCUGCUUAGUAAUCAAGACCGUCCUUUUUUGGGUUUUCACCACCUAAAUCCGUCUGGCCUACUGGUCUGAGGCUGUAGUCCUCAUCCUGAACCAGAGUCCUGUUUUGUUUCGAGGACACAUCCUCGCUGAUUUAUUUCUGUACAGUUUCAGAAACAUCCAUCAGCGCAGCAGGAAGCCUUCACUUGAUCCCGUCAGAGUUAGUUUGUUGCUUCAUUGUUCCUGACCUGAGUGCACAUGAUACUUAACGCCCCUCGCUUCCUCUCGGCCGCCCCGCUCACAAGGACAGAAACGAUCCAGUCCUGCAGGAAAUCAUCCCUCAAAGUCUCUCUAUCCGAGCUUUGUUUAGUAUUUAACCUCAUCAGCUGAUUUACAGUUGAGAUUCCUUCUCGUUUUUGAGUUUCAAGACUUUGGACUUUGCAGGAACGUAAACCUCCUAAACUUGUGUCUUCUGGGUGAGAUUCUCGUCCACCAACAUCUGCUGAGGGAACUUUUUUGGGUGCAGGUACAGACCCUGGUGUCACCCGUUAUUUCCACACUCUGCAGCAACGGCUAGCUUCUAGGUCGCAGAUGCAGAGGCGGAAAAACACCAAAACAAACUUGGCGAGUGCUCCAGGAGAACCGAAGCCGGUACCGAGCCAAACGUUGACAUUGCUGAAAAAGUUUCUGGUGAAUUUUUUGCACGUUUGCUUCUUUUCCUGUAAUCGUAUCGUGCCGUUGCAGAAUUUUGACAUAUUUGUUGAUUUUUGCAACAACAACACAAACUUUUGAGUGUCCGGUCAAUGCACUAAAAGAUGGCUGAAAAUUGACGGGGUAAAACCUGGAAAGUCGGUUGACCAUGAGGCGUUUCAGGUCUUAUCUUGUCCCCUCAGAGGACAGAGGGAGGACACUUUGAGAAAAUAUAAGUGAAAGAUAAGGAGGAGGGUAGACGGAGGUGAGGAUGAGGACAGGAAGAGAUAGAGGAGGUCAGAGAGACCGAAAAUCUGCGACCGUCAGAUUCCUGAGGACUUCGGUCAGACUGGGACGGCUGCAGAGAGAGAGUUUGACCGGUCAGGUUCAGGAAGAGGACCAACGACACGGCGGUGAACUGUACGUACAUGUGCAGCCUUUAAAUAUCAGCAACAAGGCGACCUUUGACCUUUGAAAUCUUUGUCAAAAGGCGGGUAAACGGAGGGUGCAGAAGAAGCAUGAAAGAGGGAGAUGAUGAUGUGAAAGACUCCGGUGGAUCUAAAGAAAGAUGACGGGAGGAGAUGGAAGCGAAAAAAAGAGCAGAAACAAGACUUGAAUGAGAGCGAGCGAGGGAUGGCGGGUGAAAGAGUGCAGUCAGGUGAAAGUGAUAUGGUGGCUGGAACAGACGGACAGGGUGGUCUCUCUCCCUCUCUCUCUCCCUCUCUCUCCUCGGGAGGCUGACACUUCCCUUCAUCUUUUGACCGCUCACAGAAGGGGGGAUGAAUGGAGGAGUGGAGCGGGGUGAAAGAGCGGGAUGAGCGGAGAAGAAAGAGGGCGAAGGGAGGAUGAGCAGCAGACGGACAUCUAAAUGCUCGCCCCGCCGAUCUUUUGGAAGAGGGAGCGAGAUCGACACACAUAAACGCAACAUGGACGAAGAGUUUGUUUCGGGACAAAACGCAGCGACACAUUCGCCUCUCAAGGACGGACGUGGAAGGAAAGUCAGCAAGAAUAUUGACACUCUGCACUGAUUAUCGUCUCUGAACAAGGAAGCAGAGAUGGAAAAACACCAAAGCAAACAAACUCCAGGUGGUGCAUCGACAGUUUGUUGCACAAUGCACACUAAAGUGCAACAAAACGAGGAUGCACCUGCUAGAAUCUGCAGAAAACAGUUGCCUAGCUUUGGUACCAAGAAAAAAAAUCAGAGUGGCGUUGUUUAGGAGUAGCCACUUAUCAUGGCUUCUGAUAGGCGAAAUGUCGUCAAGAACCUCAAGCCGGUCCUUUUUAACGAAGAACUGGAUUGAGGAAGUCCUAGAUCGAAUUUAUCUAAAGUUCCAACUUCAAGAGACAGGUGGCCAGUGACAUUUCCAGAUACCUCCGGAUUCCAGAAUCCAGCGUGUUAGGGUCUGUUGCUAGAGGAGCUAAGUUAGCUGUUAGCUAAGUUUGCAAUGUCAACAAUGUGAUUUUAUAAACAUUACUGACAUUUGGGAGAGAUAACACGAAUUCCUAUCUUGUCUUUUGUUCUACGUCCCGGCGUUUCACGUAGAAAGUAUGGACAACAACGGCUGACCUUUUGGCAACCAUGUUGGUCUUGUUUCGCGACUGUGUUCCCAUUGGUUAUUGCUUGAAUACCACUUCCUCUCAAAUUAGCGAUCUCCAUUUUAACGCGGCGUUACCUAGCUUUGGUACCGGUUCUCCUGGCAGCUUCCUCUUAAAGGGGCGGAGCCAAACAGCCUCCACUGAGGCUAAUACACUCACAAGGGACGAACAUACCUUGGUAGCCGACAACUGACUGUUGAACCUACCUGUUGCACAAACACACACACAGAUUCAUGCUGUUUGUUGGCUGCAAAGAGACACACUCACAGACACACACUCACACUUUACACACAUACACACAGCGGUCAGAGAUCCCGCUGUGCUCAAAAUAACAACAACAAAAAACAGUCCCUAGAAAGUGUGCGUCCAUAUCUGUGGAUUUAUGAGUUCAAGCUAUUAUUUGUGUGGGAGAGGUCAGUGUGUGUUUUCGUGUGUGUGUGUGUGUGCGUUCCUCGGCCCCUGUCUCAACUUCCUGUCCUGUCUGUGGCCGGCCUUAUCGGCUUGACAACAGGUCAGUCAGUGGUCACGGCAACAGAGCCGUUCACUGACCUGAUUGGACGGGGAGGGGAGCGGCAGUUUCAUUCUUCCGAUUGAUGGUCAAAUUGUGGUCACACACACAGACACACACAGAAACACACAUUAAUAAAUAUCUUUUACUCAUGUAAUCACACACACACACUCAAUAAUGGCGGUCAGACACACACACUCACACACAUAAACACAUACAGUGACCGUGUGGUGACCGGGUCAGGUCAUUGUUCUGCGUUAUCAGUCGUGACCUCUCCAUCAGGCUCCCCGAUACGACCUGCAUCAACACCCCUUCCUCUGUGUGUGUGUGUGUGUGUGUCCUUGUGUGUGUGUGUGGCUCUGCAGUCACUUCAUGGUCGGACCUAAAAGUUGAGACCAGUCCACAGCUCUCACCUUUCAGUCGUUUCCUGUUUUGGGGUCGCUGAGGAGACACUGAGGGAUGUGUUUCAUUUUCAGCUGCAGUUUGGAAACACUCCUCUGGGUCAAGUUCUUUCUGAAAAUCAGAUUUCCGUAUCAGUUCAGGGCCACGGGUGGAUCUGAAGUGUCCUGAAUUUGUGGUUUUAUAAACUCCCAGGAGGUCCAGACUAAGCAGCAGUUCUCAGUGUUGGAAUUGAUGCCUGUGUGGAGGCGCAAAAGGCUGCAGUUUCUGAAGUUUCUUGAGAUUGGCAAACGGAACAAACCCUGCAAGGUCCUACAUUACAGCAAAAUGGUUUCAAGGGUUCAUAUCCUCCUGCCAGUACAAGAGUCACCUUUUUACUGUCUUCUUUUGCACAGAAGUUGAAGUUUCAGCAGAGAAAUGUUUUCCUGCAGCUUCUGUUGUGCGAACUUGACAGCCUGAUCGCACUUUGUUCAGGAGCAUGUCCGGAUCAUUACAAAGUGAAUUGUGGUGUCCCCCAGGGGUCAAUCCUAGGUCCUCGCUUUUUAAUGUCUUAAUUUGACCACUUGUGAAUGUCCUAAGAAGGUAGGGUGACCAGACGGCCUCUUUUACCCGGACAUGUCCUCUUUUUUGGGUCCUUGUCUGGGGGAGUUAAUAAAAUCCUUCAAAUGUUGCGUAGACUUGCUGAGGUACAAACACAGAAAAAAACACUCCAUCCGACCUGACCCAUUUCUUCAUGGAAAUACAAUCAGACCGAGACACUAAGACAGUUGUUUCUAAAGUUGGAAUAACUAGAGAAGCAAGUGGUCUGCAACCUUCAUCUCUCCAGGGGGUGUCUAACUCUCGUUAUGGUGUUUUGACCGUAAAUUAAUUUUACGCUGGAAUAUCCCUUUAAUAAAGUCUGAAAAGCGGUCGAACCCAAAGUGAACCCCAGCCCAGAGUUCACCUUUAGAAAGUGUUUGGACCCAGAUUGAGUGAAAAAAGAUCCGUCCCGGUCCAAAUGGAGCUUUUCUUAAAACGUGCCUGAAUCUGAAUUGAGCUCGGAGCGCAGCUAAAAGCUGCUGUUUCUCCAGCCCUGUUUGUUUUGGAGUCUUCUGUCUUUAUUUGCUUUAUCAGCGCUCGGAGCAGCUCCCAGCAGGCCCCUCUGACUUCAGCCUGCACUCGUUUAUCGUCUCCCCGUAUCUCACUCACUCCUUCUUCCUCCUCCGUAACAUCUAGUUACCCUCCGCCUGACCUCCUCGGCUCCCUCCUUCCCUUUUUCUCCUGGAGUCCUGUAAUAUUUCCACGAUCAUUCUUUCGGAGUUUUCCUCUCUUCCCUCUCAUUUGCCUCCCUCUCUCUCUCUCUCUCUCUCUCUCUCCCCCACUCUGCCUCUCACAGUCUAUGUCUCUCACUCAGCCUCUCUCCAUCUGCGUAGUGUCUAAUUGACAGCAGAGACCCCUGGUUGAACCACCAGCACUCUUCUCUCCGUUUUGUUGGGUUUUUCUUUUUUCCACACUCGUUCCAUUUCAGCCCUGUCACUUUUUUUAAGGGGUCGCACAACUUUCUCUGUCACUGCUGGGGGGAGGAGGAGGGAGGUGAGAGACGGAGUAAGACCGGGAAGAGGACAGAUAAAGGAGAAAGUAAAAGACAAAGCCGAAGAAGGGGAACAUUAGUUAGUUAUGUAAGGGAGGUAGCGGAGAGUUCAGGUCUGUGACAUGAAGAUGUAAAAGGUCAUUUUGGAGCUGUUUCCCCUCGCUGUGGACAAACAGCUCUGGGACAUUUUUUAUAUCGCCUGUACGAGCGACGACACAACUAAAGCACUUUGGUCCCCCUAAAGUUUCCUCUUGGAAAAAGUCAAUACAGUGAUCUAGAUUGGCAAAAUGUUUGAUCGCCUCGGCAGAUUUGGAGGUCGUGCCAUCCCUCAAGACAUGUUUCCCUCCAACUGUCGAGUCAAGAACUUUUUAAGAAAUGUGGCUCAUGUACAUACAAACAAUAAGAGUGGCAUUGUUUCGGAGACGCCACUUAUCAGGGCUACUAGACUUAAGGCGAAACAUCUUCAAGAACCUCAAGCAAGUCCUUUCAAUGAAGACCUGGAUUGACGAAAUCCUAUAUCGAAUUGUCUAAAGUUCCAACUUCAAGAGUCGUGACGUGUCCAAUGACGUUUCCAGAUACCUCCGGUUCCCAGAAUCUAGUGCAUUAGCAUCUGUUGCUUAGAGGAACUAAGUUAGAGCUAGGUUAGCAAUGUCAACAACACGACUUUGUGAACAUUGGCAAUGUUCGGGAGUGAUAACACGAAUUCCUAUCUUGUCUUUUGUUCUACGUUGUGGCAUCUCACAGAAGGUACGGACAAAAUAUGUUGACCUUCUGGCCACUAUGUUUGCCUUGCUUUGCGAUUGUGUUCCCAUUGGCUACCACUUGAAAACCAAGACCUCACAACUUAACGAUCUCCAUUUGAAAGCGGCGUUAAGGCUUCGGUUUACUGGAGCGUCCAUAUCGACCGAUAUGCAUCGAGAAAGCGAAUAUUCACCCAGGACUUCAUGGUCCACCUGAGGGUCUCCUUCCAGAAAACCAUAAACAAAAGGCAAGAAGUGGGUCUACUCCGAGAUCCUGAGCUGGAUGACCGAGUCUGUCACUUGAUCUCUUUCCUUUGAUCACUUCUCAAGGCUCAGGACUGAAGGUUUUGGUCUGGAUCAAGAAUUGCAGUAAAACUUGGAGCUUCGCCUUCCUGCAGGGCUUCUACUCGACCACAACAGACGGGUACAAAGCCAGAAAGUUUAGCUCAGUCUCCCGGUCCGGUAUCAUUCAGAGCCCCCCAGCUGUCUACCAGCUUUGACGGUGUCGUUGAAUUAAGGUUUUAUGGACUUUGAUCAGAGUCUUGAGGAGAUAUCCAUGAGAAACCUCCAUCUGAAGUGUGUCUGAGCAGCUCCUGUGCUGCUGUUCUGAGGCUGACCUCUGACCCCUCCAUGUAGGGGAACAAAACAAAGACCGACUCCCCUACAGGGAGCGAUAAAGCAUCCUGAUUUUAUCUCUUGGCUGCUGUGUUUUAUUACCCCACACAUGACAAGCUGUGGACCCACAGUGGAUUAAUAAAGCACAGUCUUGUACGUUGAAGGAGGAUCGCGGCGGCUGAGGCUGGGCUGUAUUGUGGUUCCUGGCAGCGGGGCGCUGUGGUCGCAGGAACGAGGCUGCAGGCAGACGUACAAAGAUGCAAGCUUUUGGUUUUCAUUUAAUUUUUGGCCCUCCGCUAAGAAAGAAAAAUUAGAUCCCUGUUGAAAAGCGAUAAGAUCCAAGCGUACUCCGUCUUGAUCACUGUUCGAGAUGGAGCGAUACUGUCCGAGCUGCAGGGAACAAAUUUCUACAGGGAUGGCGGGUCCUGCUUCUGGUUUUAGGGCCACACAAGAAAAGUGAAGAGACGUGAUUAGUUCAGGAACGUUUCAGAGGAACAGUAGCCCGAUAACCUCUGGAUCUGACCUUUGACCCCUGGCUUUCAGAGGUUAAGAGCUGGCGUUUGGGGUUAAGUGUGGAGUCCUCUCUCACGCAGGUUGUCAGUCAGAUCCUGGACUUUGACACAGAUGUGAGAACAGAGAAUCAGGUGUUAUCAGGACGGAGGGAGGAUGAGAGCCGAGAGCGUCUGAUAAAAGCUUUUAGUGAAUUCUUAGCAAGGUUUGUAGGACGGAGAUGUCGGCUGUGAUUGACAGCUGUCAACAGGCCCCGCCCUCCAUCUCUGCGCCGAGACGUUUUCUUUGGAUAAUCUGACGCUGAACACAGAACAGACACAACAGAGCGGCGUGGAGGCAGUGACCUCUGACCCCUGAUCAGAUUUAGGGUUUCAUGAUGAGGUAUCAGUUCUAGUCUAUUCUGUUUGGUUCUAAUCUGUUCUAAUCUGUUUUAAUCUACUUUGUUCCGAGCUGUUUUAUUCUAAUCUAUUCUAUUCUGUUCGAUUCACUUCUAUUCUGAUCUAAUCUGUUCUAUAAUAUUCCUCUCUAAUCCAUUCUAUUUUAUUCAGUUGUAUUCUAAUCAAUCCUUUUUAAUCUAAUGUAUUCUAAUUUGUUUUGUCCUGAUCUAGUCUAUUAUAUUCUAAUCUAUUCUAUUCCAUAAUAUUCUAUUCUCUUCUGUUCUAAUCUAGUCUGUUAUAUUCCAAUCUAUUCUAUAAAGUUCUAUUCUAUUCUAUUCUAAUCUAUUUUAUUCUUAUCUAUUAUAUUAUAUUCUAAUCUAUUCUAUGUAGUAUUAAUCUAUUAUAUUCCUAUUUAUUCGAUUCUAAUCUAGUCUGUUAUAUUUUAUUCUAUUCUAUAUUGUUCUAAUCUAUUCCAAUGUUAUCUAUUCUAUUCUACUCUAACUGGUUCUAUUCUACUCUAUUCUAUUCUAAUGUAUUCCAUUCUGUUCGUAUAUAUUCUAUUCUCAUCUGUUCUUAUCUGCUCUAUUCUAUUCUAAUCUUUUCUAUAUUGUUCUGUUCUAUUCUGUUCUGUUCUAUACUUUUCUUCUGGAUUAUUUUAUCCUCACCUUUAAUCUGAGGGUCGUUGGCGAAAGUUUUUCUUUUGAAAAUGAAUAAAUUUUUUAAAGCGACAAAAUCGACGUAAAAGUUUCAACAACUUUGAGUCAUGAACCAAUCAGAUCUGUGAGAGAGUCAGACUGAUGGACAGGUGCCAACAUGGCUGCUUCUGCUGAUUAAAGUCCCACUUUCACUGCUUUUAGCGACCUUUGACCCCCCAGAGGACGAUGAACAGCUAAGAGAGAGAGAGAGAGAGAGAGAAGAUAAGGGAGAAGAAGAAGAAGAGGAGGGAGAGAAGUUUAGAAGUUUAACCUCCCAGAAGUUCGAGCUUCUUCUUCUUCUACUACUGCUGCUGUGAGGAUUAAUGAAGUUUUCCCUCCUUCAUCGCUGAAACAUUACAUAAUCUCACAAACACACACACUUCACUGUAUAGGUGUGUUUAUGUGUGUCUGUGUCUGUGUGUGUGUGUGUGCGCGCUGAGUGUAAACAUGAUGAAUUCUGGGUGACCCUGACGUUUGGCCAUUAGGAACGGGAACACGGCAAUUCCCCGACGGUCCCAAACAAAUAAAUCCUGACUGCAGCCGGAAUAACCAUUAACAAGUCUGCUAAACACCGAGGAGGAAGAGGGGGAGGAGGAGGAGGAGGAGAGGAAGAGUUGAUGAGGGAGAGAAAGAAAAGAGAGAGGAGAAGAAGGAGGGAUCAUUGGAAGAGGAGUGGACAAGAGAAGAAAAGGAGAGGAUGAGGAGAAAUAACAGAAAAGAGGGUGAGAUGUAGGUAAAAGGAAGGAAUGAAAGAAAUGAGGGGUGAAAUGAAGAGAUAGAGAGGGGGAGCAGGUGGAAGGGGGUGAGGAAAGAGGGAGAAAGGAAGGAGAGGAGGAAACAAAGAAGGAUGAAUGUAAAGAUGGGGUAAGAAAGGAGAAAUGGAUAGAGAGGAGGAGAAAAGAAAAUGAAGGAUGGAAGUGAGUGAAUAGGAGACAGGAAAGGAAGAAAGUGAGGGAACAAGAGAGAAAAGGAGAGAGAGAGAGAGAGAGUCGAUUAACGGAGGAAAAAUGAGAGAAAACAAACAAGAAAAGUGAAGAAAAGACGUCACUUUGUUUUUCUGCUCGUCUCCAACGAAGAAUAAGAGGAAGCAAUAAUCAGUGUGUGUGUGUGUGUGUGUGUGUGUGUGUGUGAGAGUGUGUAAAAGUGUGUGUGUAAGUGUGUGAGAGGAGACAGGAGCGAUAGCACGGGGGAGGUCAUGGCGAGGUGAGAGAGGGGGAGCGAGACGGAGGGAGAAGUUCAGCGAGAGGUGAAGAGAGAGAGACCUGCCGUUUUCUCCCCCGUAUGUGUGUGUGUGUGUGUGUGUGUUGAGGGUGAAUCGGGGGUCAGGUGUGUGUAUAAGUGUGUGUCAGAAGGACCUGCUGGCUCGCGUGUGCCUCGUUUUUUGGACGAGCCGCUCUCUUGUCUUUUUUUCCCCCGUUUUCAUCAGUCUUAUCUGUCUCUCCUCCUCUUCCUCCCCCUCUCUUCUCCCUCCUUGUUGCUCUUCUCCUACUGCUCCCUCCCUCCUCCCCUCCUUUCCUCCCUCCUCCUUUCCAAACUUACCUACUGACCUCAAGUUCACCCAAAACUCUCUGAGACCUUCUCUUAUGUCCUUGUCUCCUCUCUUCUCUCCUUCAUCAUCUCCCCUUAUCCGUCACUGGGGUCUUUUUGGCGUCCCUCAGGGCUCGAUUCUCGGACCUUUACUCUUCUUCUUAAACCUCCAACUUUGAGCAUUUUUAGAUCAAUCGAUGGUGACAGGUUCUUUCUCCUUCCCUCAUUUCCUUUCCUUCUCUCCUCUCUCCUUCCUCCCUUUGUUUUUUCGUCUAUUUUCGGAACAGAGCGAUAAAAAACGGAGACAGAGAUACGGUCGCGUGAUUCCUGAGCGGAGACAACGAUCUGUUCUCCGAUAAAAUGAAAAUCUUUGGACCUGAGUCCUGAGCUUAUCUGCAGGAGAGUGUGUGUGUGUGUGUGUGUGUGCGUGUGUGUGUGUGUGUGUGUGUGUGUGUGUGUGUGUGUGUGUAUCUGCUGACUACAUCAUUUCUGAGUGUGUGUGAGUGUGUGUUAGCACAGAUUCUCAGGGUUACCGCGGUGCCGCUACUGUAUCUGACUUUAUCUGACGUGGCCACACACACACACACACACACACUCUCUCUCUCUCUCAUGUGUGUGUGUGUGCGUGUGUGUUUGACAGAUGUGUUAAUCCACCCUCACAGACAGCUGAUGUUUAAACUUUAUGUAACUGUCUUUAUUCGUACCUGUUUGUGCACACGCAGCUUGUUUUCGUGUGUGUGUGUGUUUGCACUUGUUUAUUUGGGAAGAUUAGCAGGUCAAACUUCGGCCGUGCGAGGGUGAACUCGGGGACAAAGCAGAGAGAGAGAGAGAGAGAGAGAGGGAGGGAGGGAGGUGAAUACAGAAGUGAAAGGAGCAGAGGGAGGAAGGGAGGUGUGGGAAGAAGGAGAAGAAGGAGAAGAAGGAGGGAGGAAAAGAUCAGGAAGUCCAAAUCAGGAAGUUUUAAGAACUCAACAGUCCUCUGAAAAUAUUCAGGACACUUCCUGUUUUGAUGAGCGCUCUGAUGAAGUCAAUUCAGGUGAAGGUCACGACCUCUUCACCCUGAAACGCUCGAAUGAAACCCCGAAACCCGGCUAAAGAAAAUCACCCUAACAAUAACUAAUAACUAUUUUUUUGUAAAUACGCCACAAAAAAAGAUGCUUCUUUAACGGAAUCCUGACUACCCUACCUUUGAGUCCAGAUUUCUGCGAUUUCAUAUCUGGUGGAUCGACUCUUUGACUAAAUUCAUCGUUUCAGUUUCACCGUCAAGAAAACAAAGAUUCCCAUUUUCGGAGGAGCUCCGAAGUCGAUAAAACGUCAAAGUUCCCCUCGGAUUCUUCAGGAUCCGGUCACUCUAAGACCCCGAGUCCUCGUUGGUGGACUGGAGUCUGUUUUCUGAACCGAACCGCCUGAAGGCCCAAAAGCAGAAUUCUGAAGCAGAGACGUUUCGACUGAGAAUUCAUGAAAUCGAGGAAGGACGAAAACUUGAGGGUCAAGAUCCUUCAAGAGUGUCCUUCUGAUGAAACAAGUGUCCUACCUUCUGUCCUUUCCUUUCCUUCACCUCUCCUAUCUGCCCUCUCUUUACCCCGUCUCCCUCUCUCUCCAUCUGCGUCUCCUUCCAUCUUUACUCUCUCAUUUUCUCCCCCACAUGUGGUUUUGCUCUCCCUCCCUCCCUCCCUCCCUCUCCUCCUCUUCUCUCAUCCCUCGCUCACAUAUGGUUUCUCUCUUUGGAUCUGUGUGUGUUUGGUGUUACCCAGAGUUCACCGGGGCUCCCUGCUCAUAUAUAUACACGUGUGUGUGUGUGUGUGUGUGUGUGUUAGGUAGAGUUCAGCAGGGCAGCAGCAGGUUAUGCAACACUCUAAAUGUGGGACAACUUCAGCCCCCUCUCUCCUUCAACCUGAGUCGCCUCCUUCCUUCCCUCCUUCCUUGAUUCCUGCUCCCUUCUUCCCUCUUUAUUUACUUGAAAGAAUCCCAGAAGUUGAGCAAUCCGGUAGAUUUAGCGGCAGAUCGGUCGUCUCGUCAUCUGUGAAGUUUUAGGAAAACAUCCGGAUUAGGUCGUCAGUUCCCGUGAAGAGCCUACUCACACUUCAGAGGAAUUCUUCAGUUUUCGUGGGCGUAGGCGGCGGCGGGUUCAAGAGUCCCGGGUCGCAGAGACGGUGAAAUCUUCACAUGUGAAAUCUGGACGCAGAUCUGGGUCCGUCUGGUCGGAUUUUCCAGUCAUUUCAGGAGAUUCCAGAUCCAGAUCUGCAGAUUCUUUCGGGGCCGCCUCGUUAAUAUUGACAUGAUUGAUAUUAAAGGUCCUCUUAAAGGGACAGUACGCUCUUUUUCUGGCUUCACAUCAACCCUCUGAUAUCUUCUCAGCAGAUCGACUUGAUUUACAGCUCAGCAGAUUCUGAACAUAUUUUCCUCGUCCAGACUCUGUCUGAGAGAAGCAUCCAGAACCAGAACUCUGGGAGCCUCCUUCACUGUUGCCAAGAAAUAAGGUCGUGUUUCUGCCCUUUUAAGGAGAUUCCCUGUCCGGUGAUGUCACAAUUUGGGGAAAUCUUGUCUUAGCCAGUCAGAGACCCCUGUAGACCCAUCUGGGGAUUACCUGAAAAUCUGUCCUGGACCCUUAUGAGUGAAAAACUGGGUUGGAAUGGGGCGCUGUUUUGGUUUAAGGGAUGUCCAGAACUACCAUCCCAGAUCCAGACUUAUCAAGCAGACCAGAUCGGAACUUGGAACCCUUGAUUUUAAGGCAUGGUUGACGAUCUGAGAUGCAGUUGAAAAAAAAUUAAGGUGUUGAGGCAGAUUUGAAAAAAGCGUCCCACCCCCCACAUUCAACCCUCUCCCCCCUGAACCUGUAUCGCCCUCCCCACGACACACCCCCUCUGGCAGAGCAAGAAGCCGGCUAGUGGAAGAUCCUACACUAGCUUCAAAUAGGAUUCACCAUGUCGGAUUUCCAGUGACUAGCGGCGGUAAACGCCAGCUCUGCUCGCGAGCGCCGUCUGCAGCUGCCUGGACAGCUACCAUGUUGACAUGUCAGAGACUAAUCAGAGUUUUUUAUGUAACAUGAGCCACGAUAAAAGGAGAUAAAAAUGACCUGUUCAACAAAAACUCUGCUGUCUCAGCGUCUGUUUUCUCCACCGCUCCAAGGAUGACCCGAUGUUUAUUCCAGUUAGAUUCCUCGCUUGAUCACAUUUCGUCUCUUCCCGUUCUUCUGUCGGGCUUGUGUUUUCUUCCCACUUUUGGCGGUGGAAAGGACGCGAUGGUGCAUUCAGGUUGCGUCGGACAAGAGGAUAGGGCAGGGAAUAGAUACUGGAACACGAAAGAAUCGAUCUAACAAUGUUACUCACCGGUGCAGACAGGCUAGAAGAGAUGCUCCGCAAAUUCUACCGUAAAUUACAGCCGACACUUCCUGAAUCCGCCGGUGCAGUCGCAUCGCAACUGUUUGCAUCGAACCACUGAUAUGAAUCGGCGGAUCUUGACAUCCCGACUGUAGACCCAUCUGGGGAUAAACAGAAAAACUCUCCUGGACUCAUAUGGGUGAAAAACUGGUUUGGAUUGGGACGCCGUUUUGGUUUAGUGGAUUUUGAACUACCAUCCUGUCCUUUUGCUAAAUGCCUCCCCUUAACUGUCGUUCAAAUAAAGACCAAAACACCCCAAAAUAAAACCUGAAACUAACUGUGGUGGACCGACUUUACCCAGAUCCAAACCAGAUCCGAAUUCUGAACCUUGGAUUAAGAAAUCCUUGUCUGUGUCUUAUUCCAGCUUCUGGACCUGUUCACGCAGUGGGAUUGGUCCACCUACCUGGCUGACUACGGCAAACCCACCUGCAAAUACCUGAGAGUGAACCCUCAUACGGCACUGGCCCUGCUGGAGAAGUGAGUACCGCCUCGUUCGUUCACACGUCUGUCAAUUUUCACUCUGUCUUCAUCCUGAUACCCCUGCGUCUAAAGGGACCAGAACCGACUAGCAGGACUUAGAUCUUUAGAAGGUUUUCCAGAUGUCCACAAAGAUAAUCUCACUGGUUUCUGUCUCCUCUCCCUCGUGUUUUUUCAGGUUAUUUAAGCCGUAAGUAACCCUGGUGUUCAGUCUGAGUGGUGUUGGAUUCUGGCAUGUGCAGAACUAACACCGAUCUUUUCUGUGGUUGAAAACACACUAACAGACACACAAACACACACCCGCUGCACAAACACAAACGUCCAGGGCUCAAACGCGCUCACACGCGGUCCUUUAAUUGCGCCCAUUGUUCGGUACAGUCCGCUUGACCUUCCUCUAAUCAGGGUCAGUAUUUUGUCCCCAGACCUCCAGAGGACCCAGGCCCGGUGGUCCCUCUAAGCCCAGGAGGAAGCACCCUGCUGGGGCUUGUCUGGUCUGCUGGUCCCCCCUGAACUUCCUGGAGGUCCAUAACAGUCCAGCGUUCUGCAACCAAACACACACACCCUCAUGUGACACACUAAAACACAAACAAACUCAACUCUUGAGCCGGAGCGACUUUUUCUUCUCGACUGUAGCGGCGGUACAUGUGUGUCUCUACUGAGCAUGCUCAGACUGUCGUGCACUUUUGAACGCAUCCUUUUGCAGUGCAGUUCCGACAGAUCGUUCCUCUUUCCUCUCCUCACAUCUGUCCUUUUUCUUUCUUCUUCGGUUCCAGGAUGAAGGAGACGAGCAGGAAGAACAACAUGUUCGCGCAGUUCAGGAAGACGGACCGAGACCGCCAGAGACUCAUCGACACCGUCAUCAAGCAGCUACGCAACCUCAUCGCUCAGCACCAGAGCUAGAUCCUCCUCCUUCCACCGGCCGCCAUCAGAUCAGCUGAUUUUACUAACAAGUCUGAAUGUCGUUUAGUCGUCUCCUCAGCCCUCCAAUCAACGCUUAAUCUAUGCACCUUGUCUCCACUGGUCUUCCUUCAGCCACUGCCAGCACUUUUAGGUCCCUGAAAACCCCCGAAAACCCGGUCCUGAUCCUCUACGAGCCCAUCGGACAGUAACGUUAACAUGUCUUUGGUUUCUCUUUAGCUGCUUUUACCCCUCGAAAAACAAGAAUUCCGACUCCUGCUCCUCAAAAGUUCGGACUUUUUCUCUAAAACUGCGUCUUUAUUCGUGUAAACUUCAGUCAACCAAUAUUGCGUACUUACUCUUCUUCGUUUACACCUCUAUUACUCACAUUUUUAACUUUAAAGUCUCGUACGUUUGAGGCUUGGUUUUCGUUCGUUCGCCGAUCUGUUGUUUAAAAUUUACAUCGUAAAAAAACGUAAACUUGUCAUCGCCAUGUUGCUUUUUUCCCUCUUGUCUUCCUCGUUAAAGAGACGUUGAGGUGGUCGACCUCUUAUAUUUCAAGAACACUAGACUCCUGUUCGUCACUGUCUUCCAUAAGCCCCGCCUCCUCCUCUUCCUCGCUGCCACACAGGAACAGAAUCGUUGAAUGUACGUCAGAGAGAGUCGUGGCGUCCUGAUACUGUAGACGGAAAAACACUGAAAUCUGAAUGAGGUUUGGUUAAGACCUUUGGGUGAUAAAGGGGGAUAUUCACCCAACAUGGCAACCCUUUGCCCUCUUAAAGUAGAACCUGUUGACACUUGAAUGGGCCUCACUAUAAAACUCGGCAACAGAACUCCGCCUUCGUAAACGCAGAAUUCGGUCUUGAAAGGGGGAUGUUGUCCAAACAUGGCAACCCGUCGCUCCUUUAACUGUUAGUAAACGUUGGGAUCACGUUGCCUGUUUUCUACGCUUCAUGUUUGAUUCACUGGGUCUUAAAGGGGGGAUAGCGCCCCCUAUCUGGCAACGCUUUGUGCACACACACUUUGGCGUCUUCCAUAAACACACACCACCUCUGUGUGUGUGUGUGUAAGUGUGUGUUUGUGUGUGUUAGUUUAGUUUAAGCACAUUUACUCGAGAUUAUUUUUGAACUAAUUUGGGUCUUUUUGUUUUUUUUCUGCUUACUUUUUGAACUCGGGUGCAAUAACAAUGGAAACUGCAGCAUUUUUGCGCGUGAGUGUGUAAAUGUGUGUGCGAGUGUGUGUUACUCAUGGCGCCUUACAAAGGGAUUCAAACCUACAGAGUGUGUGUGUGUGUGUUUGUCAGGAGGAGAUCGACGCCUUCGUCUCUGACCGGUUGCCAUGUUUGAUUUAUUCAGCGACGUGUUUGCGCUUCCGAAAUCAAGUUUGUGUUUGUUGCGCGCAUGUGUGUGUGUGUGUGUGUGUGUGUGUGUGUGUAUUUUUCAUCCCUCCUUAGGUGUGUGUGUGUGUGUGUAUCGUUCAGAGGUGUUUUUUUCUAAGGGAACGGGCCGUCGUUAAUGAAUGUGCCUUUGCUGUAUUAUUUUGUCUUUUCCUGCCAAUAAAGCGACAAAUCUGCAGAGUUCGGAAUUUGGACACGCUAAACUCGACAUUUACGCUUCAUUUAACGCACUGAAUUCAAAAUAAAAAGUCUAUUAAUCCUUAAAAAGUCCUGAUUUUUGCGUCUUUUUCGGCGGUUAAAUUUCUGACUGUUACUGACUGGACGUCCGGACUCCGAACUCUGCAGAAGUCGUCGCUGCAUUGUUGUCGUUGUCGUUGUUUUUUUGUAUUUUGUAAGCAGAGAUCUUUACUGAGACGGAAGCACUGUUGUUGUUCACGCUGUUGUAUUAAACCACUAAUGAAUUAAAUCUCAAAGUUAAAUACUAAUAAAGUCGAAGCAAACGCCAACGGACAAACGUGGAAUAAACGCAAACGUGUCUCGACUCUUUUUUAUUGUUUGAAAGUCAAAUCUGAUUUGUCCACAGGGGGCGCCAGAGUUCAAACAACCUGAGAAGUUUGAGAUGUCUUCUAAACACCUGUUACUCUCUCUCUCUCUCCCUUCUCGCUCCUCUCCCUAAUUGACCUUUGACCUGUGGGACAGCGGGGUCGUCUGCUGUGAGCGAUGUGAUUAACGAGGACUCUCUCUGUUUGUGUGUGUGUGUGUGUCGGCGCCGCAGGUGGGAGGUGUGUGUGUGUGUUCUUGUUCGAUGGAGGGCAGCGACUCGAGUCUGAGGCAACACAAACUCUCUGCAUGCUCCAGUGUGUUCUUGUGUGUGUGUCUGUGUAUGUGUGUGUGUGUGUGUGUGUGUGUGUGUGUGUGUGUGUUCCCAGCUGUCCAUAGAGGAGCGGUGGAGCGCUCAGAGCCUCAGGACGCCUCACAAAAACCUCCCCGUCUCUUUCCGUUUUCUUUCAUUUCUCUGUUUUCGCUCUUUGUGAACUCGCUCUGCUGCUGCUGCUGCUGCUGCUGCACUUUUCCAGUUUUGAACGUUUCCCCGAACUUUAACGCG